CGCGGCGGGGUCGGUCUAGAUGACCCUGGUCGGCGCCGGAACCCUCUCGCGAACGCGGCGCUGAGGCGAGGGACUACAGCGCCCACAAUGCACCGCGCGGCGCGGCCGAGCCUCCCGGAGGCCCCGAGAGGCGGGCCAAGAUGGCGGCGGCGCCUGCUCUGAGGCGGAGGCCCCGGCGGUGAGUCCUGCCGGGGGGGGGGGCGGGAGGGGAAGAAAUAUUAUCCUUAUUAUCGCUAUUAUCGUCAUUAUUUAUUAAAUCCCCGCCCCCUCGCUGUGAGGGAGUGCGGGGUCUGGGGUCUUUCCCUCCCCCCCAAAAAAGAUACUCCUUUCCCCCCCCCAUUCGCUUUGGGGUUGAGGGGGGCGCCGCAUGGAGCUCAAAGUCCAAAGGCAGGCAGCCCCCCCGGGACACGCUUCUCUGCCUGUGUUUUCACACACACAACACACCAGGGGGGUGGACUAGAUGUCCCUUGGGGGCCCCUUCCUAGCCCUCCUCCUCCCUCCUCAGUUCCAUUAUUGUAUCCUGUGAGAGGCCUUGAUCGGGGGGGGUGUUGGGGGCGGGGAACAUGCGCGCUUCUUCGUUUUAUAAGGGUAUGUGUGAGUUUUUCUUUUAUAAUAAUAAUAAUAAUAAUAAUAAUAAUAAUUAUUUAUACCCCACCCAUCUGACUGGGCUUCCCCAGCCACUCUGGUCGGCUUCCAAUUUUUUUAGAUCCAAUUUAUUAAUUUUGUAACCAAAAAAAAAAAGAAGAAGAAGAUCACAAUCAAAAAUUUAAAUCAUUCGUCUUCAUUGACUUCCCUCCACUCCCCCUCCUGGUUCCAUUGUUUUAUACUUCUUCAUGCAUGUCCGUCAAAUCUUAUAUUCUUAGCAGUCCAAUUUUACAGCCUUGUUCAUGUUGUCACAAGUGACCUUUAGAAGUUCAGCUAAUGUAAAAGCCUGUACACAAGGCUUGCAAAGAAUGCAUUAAACAUCUCCCCCGUUUUUAAAAAAGAAUCAGUGUCCUUUUUCUUUCUUGGGUUUCCAGUGAUUCUAAUAUGUCCUGCAUAUGGUUGCCAUUAAUUUGAUUCUGAAUUGAUUUUAGAAUGAAUUGAUUUUAGAAUGUAUUUCGAUUAAUAGAUUGUGAUUUUAUGUAAAUUGUGUUACUUUUACUGUUGUUAGCCACUCUGAGCCUGGCUUUGGCUGGGGAGGGCGGCAUAUAAAUAAAAUUUUAUUAUUAUAUUAUUAUAGUUCAUUAAUUUGUUUUGCCAAUCUUUUUCUUCUCUUUGAGAGUUUUUCUGAUGGGGGGGAGUGUUGAGUUUUUGUAUCUGUGCCCCCCCCUUCCUCCUUCCCCCUUCCCCCUAUCUGCCUUUCUCAACCCCCCCCCGAAAGUUGGAGUGUAAACCUGCUUGCCGGUAGAACCAUUGCCUCCCACCCCCCAAAAUGGGGUUACUGUUUCUUUCCAGGAAGCAUUUAUUGGAGGUUUCUAAGCCAUCUGUCCUGGAUGCUUUCAUUGAGAUUCCUGCGAAGAUGCUAGAAUAUUUAGAAGUUGCGAAAAUGAUUGGGACAAUAAGAGGAGACUCAGAUUAGGAACUCAGUAAAGAUAGGACAAUAUUCAAAGAAUAUCUUCAAAAGUACAGUCGAACCUCCGUUUAUGUAACCCUCUGGUUACGUAAACUUCGGGAUGCAUGCGCGGCAAACUUGGAAGUAUUUCACCAGGUUUCGCUGUGCGUGCAUGCGCAGAAGCGGUCAACAGGUUGCGGAAACCUCGGGAUCUGACCGGACCUCUGGAACGGAUCCCGUCCGCAACUGGAGGUACCACUGUACUGUGAUAAUUCAAAGCUCCUGAUAGAAUCUUGAAAUAGAAGGAAAUUACAAAAGUCAAAAUUUUCCUGAUAAGUAAUGGGAAAAUAAUAACAAUGAAGUGUGUAUAGAACAAGAUGUAAUAAGUGCAAUGAGGUGAAUUGGAAUUUACAGUGUCUGUAAUGUUAAGUGUGUAAUGUUGCUAGUGUUUAUGGUCUGUUUAGGAUUUGUUUUGUUUUUGGUCUAUAUUCGAUGUAAAUUGUUUUGCAAAAAAGAAAAAGAAAAAAGAGAGAUUCCUGCAUUGCAGGGGGUUGGGCUGGAUGACCCCACGGGGUCCCUUCCGACUCCACAAUUCCGUGAUUCUGCCAGCACCUGCUUGCUUUGUUCUGGUUUUCAAAGCUCCCCCGCCAUCGAUCGGUUAAAAACUCCCAAGUGGAGAAGUUGGGACACCCCUUGUACCCCUAGGUUCUCCGCAGAGGGAAGUGCGCGGCAAAGAAGGAAUGCUCCAACUUCUUCUUGCCCCCCACUUCCUGCUCUCUUGUGGCAACUCAAGAGCCUGGGGGUGCCACCCUCCUCUGCUGUUAGAAUGGCAAGAGUUGGAAGGGAAGGGUGCCCCAAAGGCCAUCUAGCCCAACCCCCUGCAAUGCAGGCAAAACAUCCCUGGCAGAUGACCAUCCAACUUAUGCCGGUGAGCAAAACCCAGCAUGGCAGAGCACCCUUGGUUGUAGGCAAUGGCAGGGCAAAAAUCACAUCUAGCUUUUCAGGAUAUUGCCAGAGAGAACAGUGAAUUACUAGAAAACCAAAGUCAUGGUUUUCUCAAGAAACUAUAGGGCCCCUGCAUGGCGCAUGGACAACCAGCUAAUUGAGCAGGUCAGAGUUUUCAAAUAUCCUGGCUUUAUUUUCCAGUCUACGGGGUCACGGGGAGCACACCAGAAAUGUGCAAAAGAAAAAGCGUCCCAAAGCGCCAAAAUUCUGACAUGCUUUUUCCGCACAAAAGGUGGUAAACAUAUACCAUCAGUCCUGGAAGUGUUCCAAGCUGAACCCCUAGGACAGCUAUGAUAUGGGGCUCAGGUUUGGACAGGCACUCACCUUGGAUCUUGAUUCAAAACCCUGAAAUGUGUUUUAUAUAACUGACUUUUUAUUUCUAUUCUUUGUAUAUCGUAUUUUUGUUUUAUUGUUAUGGCUGAUGGCUGAUGCAAAUAAAGAUUCAUUCAAUCGCAUCUCGCCCAGUCUCCCACUCCUGCUCUUCCUUAAGAUUUGCCAGCCUCACAAGAACUUCGUGACUUUGGCUAGCUCAGCUAGCCUCGAGUUCUUGCAUAUCUGUGUAUGAGAUGGCACCCAUUUCACAGAUGGCACAGUAACCUCUUCUGUGCUCUGCGUUGAAUUGAUUCAGACCUUGUCUUUAGGCACUAGUGAGUGAGUGGAGGGGCAGAGGGCUUCUUCUUCCAUCCUCUGUGCCUCAUACGGAAGCCUAAAGCGGUCCCUUCAAACAGAAGCCCCAACAUCUACACUCAGAGUAGGGCUGCUAGAGGGGAGGCUGGGCUCUCCCUUCCUCUGAUAAUCUCCCAGCUCAGUAGUAACUUUGCAGACUUUUUUGUAAAGUUUUUUCAUUUCAUUUUAUAACGUAUCUCUUCUUUUUUGGCCAUCCCUCGUAGCCGAGUAAGAUUGGCUUCCAUAAACACGGUUUUAACAAUGAGUCUGUAAGUGACUAUGGAGGCCAAUUCUGGAUCCACACCUCCUUCCACAGUGGGGACAUUGGUUUCCGGGCAGGAGUUGAUCACGCUGUGGAUUUGCCAAGCAUGCCUUCCUCUUAGCACGUUUAUCCCUUGCGUUCUGAGUUCGAGUGUCUUCAAAGCCUGUGACACCUUUGGUAAAGGCUGUUCUCCAACUGGAGCGCUCGCAGGCCAGUGUUUAUCAGUUGUCCGUGUUUAUACUACAUUUUUUUAAACAGAGAGAACAAUUGUAACUGCAGAUGAAAAUUAAAAGAAGAAAAGCAAAACUCUACAAUAGGCAUGCAGAAUGAGUACAAUUCAUCUUCAUUUCAUUUCUAUACAGCUUUAUAGAAAAAAAUCUCAACGUGGUUUACAGCCCAUUAAAACAUCAAAUCAAACAACCCAGAAUAAAACAAAUUCAGGCUUCGAGGAAAACCUUGCAGAUCCUUCUCUAAGUGACAUUUUGCUUUCCCCUUACUGUAUUUAUUUACCUGCUUCAUUUAUAUAGUUGCCCCAUAGCAAAAGUACUCUAGGAAGCCAGUGUUAAAAUAAUGAAGUCCAAGUAAAGACUAUCAAAGUUAUCAGAUUAUGAAUAUUUGUGGACAUAUUGACAAGACUGCUGAAUAAAAGCCCAUCCUCUCACCUCUCUUUAGCUACUUGCAUUGUUGGUGAGAGACAGAUGAGAGGUAACUACGGUAAAUACCUUUAUUCAGGCUUAUGGAACAAUUUCCUAUUGUUGCUUCACUAUAGAACUCUUCUCAGCCAAGACAGUUUCUUUAGGUCCUAAGGAACAGGUAUUUAUUGUCCAUAAUCCACAAUAUGCUCUCAGUUUUUUAAAAAGUGCAACUGCCAGUAUCAGUGUAUCCUGGUAGAGUUUAACAGCGCAUGAUGUUGCUCAGGGUUUUUCUCUGGAGACUGCUCCAAUUGAAGUGACCCCAAGGGACCCCUCACUUCUGGUGCAUCGCCAGGCAAGUGCUGUCGCUGCGUGUUUGUACAAGCCUGCCAAAGUGUACAGAUAGGUUUUCUGCAUUAAGUUUUCCACAUUAAGUUAUCAGUGAUACACUUUUCUAAAGCAUUGGGGGGUCCUUUAGUUGACCAAAAUGGCAUUUAUCUCAUUUCAAGGCUGUGCAACUGUUGAUUGCUUGCUCAGAUCCCUCGAAAUGUGAUCUUCAUUCCUAGAAUCAUUUGAAAUGUUCUGCCCUGAGCACAGGUAGCUCUUUGGAGGUUAAAAUAGUUCUAAAUUGUCGUGAUUUCCCCCCACCUUCUAAACUGGAAAAAACGCUCCGGGGUUUGUUGGCACUGUAAUCACAGCAGAGGCAAAUGACAGUUCUUCCGUGUUGCAAAUGAGGCUGGAUCUAGGGCUGUGCCCUUGGCUGCAUAAUUCUGUGCCGUCCUUCCUCUCUGAGGAACUGGCGCACUAAGAUCCUGUGUGUCCUGCCAAGGUGGGUCUCUCUCUCUCUCUUUGUAUCAGUGACAAGGCGUGGAGGGACAGGGGCUGCUUUGUUCUCCUUGGGGUGAUUGUCAGGACUUUGGCACAGCUUUGGGUGACAGUGCGGGUACUUCAUUGCGUUGGGUGGUGGUGAUUCUAGGAUUUUGUGAGAUAAAAUGAUGGCACGGAGUGACAGUUUCUCUGAUGGUGUAGUGGGAAGGUCAUUGCAGGGUGCGGUUUUUGCCUCUAGAAAAAAUUGUGCAAGGCAGGAAGGAUUUUUUUAAAAAUCUACCUUAAACAGUUCUAGGAAAAUAUCGUUGGGAAUUUCUAGCUGGGCAUUUCAGAACUUUUUUCCACAAAGAAAAGAACAUGUGUUUAUGGAACAAAGAAUAAACCAGCCUUUUUUGAGCAUAGUGUUGGAAACCUCUGUUUCUGAGAAGGAUGCAAUGAUCCAAACUCACCUUUGGUAAAGAAACAUUAAGGUAAGGUAUUCCUCCCCUCCAAGACUAUAUUAUUAUUACAAACUGCCAUUAAUUUUCACUUUUACAGCUCUCACCAUGAAUAUUUUAAAGAUUGCCGUUCUUUUUCUCCCUUUUCUCUAUUCACAUGAUGUCUUGAAAAGAAAAUGUAUUUUGAGGAUUUUUUUCCCCUGAAAAGGUGGCAUUGGUGCACUGUUUAAAUCGGGGCAUUUAAACAAAAACAUAUUUUUUUAAUUCAGUGAAGGUUGUGAUUAAAAGUCAGAUAAGGCAAAAAGAAAACCAUAAUUGGAUGGAAAGCCAGUUAAACGCAUGGCUGCUAUAUAGGUUAAGUCACACAGAUUGCUCUGUAUUCUACAUAUGAGGUGAUGCAGAUGGCAUGGCCUUUCCUAAAAUAAUAUAGUUUUGUCUUGUAGGAAGUAGAGUGGGAAGUACAGUUUUCCAGUCAGCUAUCUGUCUGGGUAGAUAGCAGAUUGCACCACUGUAAUAAUGAAUAGGCAGAGGUCUUUAGACAAUUUUAAAACCAUAUUUCCCCCCAUGCUUGCUGUUAAGACAGUUUUGUAAGCCUGUUAUGUAAGGUUACGGUGGCACUGGGAUGAAUCCUGGCCUCCAGAGUCCCAGCUCCAACUGUCCAUUAGUCUGUGCAAUUUAGAUACUGUCUCUGAGUGAAGAAGGGGAACUGGCGACAAGCUUUCCUGGGUACCGUAUGAUGCAUCCGUGCGUUAAGGGAUAUGAACUGUUUGCUUCCCUUCUGACUGUUUCAUUCAGUUAGUUCUUGUCUGUCACUCUCAGUAAAAAAUAAACAUAUGUUGGGGUCACCAGAGCGGCAGAAUCCUCACAGUUGCUGCAGAUCCCAACCUUUUGGUUCCAAAACUCUAAAUUUAGCUGCUCUGUAAGAAACAUUUGUAGACUAAAGGAGGGCAGGUGUAGCUUGAAUGCAGAUGUAGUUUAAAUGCUCCAGAACAUGAGUACCUGAUGAGGGAGUCUGCUGCAUCGCACCCGUGUGGUGGGAAACAUGAGCCCCAGGUAGUGGAGCAUUUGACUGGAUUUUAGAUAAUCAGAACAACUGCUUGUAACAUACUCUAGUACAAGGUGCCCUAUGGCCUAGAUGCUGCUGAGCCAUAAAAUCCCUAAUCUACUUCAGUCCAUCUGAGUAUCAGUUCUAGGAUCCUCAAGCAGAAGCUCCCAGAAAUUAACAGCUCAAGUUAUUAGCUAUUGCGUAAAUAUUAAAAUCUUCUGCUUCCUAUCCACGUGGUUGCAUGUCCUCCUCACACGUUUUCGUUUCGUUUUGCCUGCAAAAUAAAUCUUUGGAAGGCCAGCAGUAGAUGAAACACCACGAAACCCAUCCGGUUUCUUUAUGUCUCAGUCUAACUUAGCAGGGUUGCUGUGAGGAUAAAAUUCUACAAUCCAGUGUACGCUGCCCUGUCAAAUCCUUGGAAAAAGAGGACAUGCAUUUGAUAAUGUUAUUUCGCUACUAGUAAUAGAACUUGUUGUAAGGCAGUUUUUGUUUAAUGCGCCUUAGCGCAUCAUCUGUCCUUCAUGUUGUUGUUGUUUAGUCGUUUAGUCGUGUCCGACUCUUCGUGACCCCCUGGACCAGAGCACGCCAGGCACUCCUGUCUUCCACUGCCUCCUGCAGUUCGGUCCAGCUCAUGCUGGUAGCUUCGACAACGCUGUCCAACCAUCUCGUCCUCUGUCGUCCCCUUCUCCUUGUGCCCUCAAUCUUUCCCAACAUCAGGGUCUUUUCCAGGGAGUCUGUCCUUCAUAGUGUGUUCCAUUUCCACAUUGCUCCAUCCCACUUAUUCUUGUGCAAGGCAAGAUGUGGCCUGAGAGAUACCCACCUGCAUUUUCCAUUGUUUUUAACCUCUGUCAGAGCAGCAAUAUUUUAAAAGAAAUGUUUGAACUCUGCCUUUAUGUUUGGGGCAAUCAGCAACAGCACAUGGUCAAGCUAGCUAGCUCAUUUUAUGUAUAUUCAUGGCUUCUUCUUCUUUUUUUUUUUUUUUGGCCUUUGAGGUCUGACAGUCAUUAAGAUUGAAUUUUGAUUAUGGUAUGGCUGAUCACGAAAUCAGAGGCAUUAAUUAAAGCCAUGCUGCUCAUAGACAAGACAGCAGAAGUGUACCCACAAAAGCCAGGGAAGCUGUUACAUAAUUGACACCACCCACAGACAUAGUUUCGCUUCCUCUGUUGUGUUCCUUUGCUUCUUCUGUACACGUGCCUUCUUCCCACAGUUGUGCAAAGAGGCAUUUAUCUUUUUGGCUUUGUCUCAAAGGGCAAAAAAGGCAUGAACGUACAUAAAUUAGCUAGCUAGCAUGACCAUGUGCUGUUGCUGAUUGCCCCAAUCAUAAAGGCAGAGUUAAAACAUUUCUUUAAAAUAUUGCUGCUCUGACAGAUGGAAAAUGCAGGUGGGUAUCUCUCACACCGUCCAUCCCCUGCCUUCAUGAGCUCUGUACAAGAUCACAUUAAGAAAGGAAUGUCAGAGGGGAUGCAUGUUGAUUGUGAGGGAUGCAGAAAAUAUAGUUCCUGUGUAGAAAACUAAGGCAUAAUUCACCUCGGAGUUCUGUGCAAACUCCCCUGCGGCUCUCAGGAGCUUCAGAAAAGCUGUGGUCAUGCCCUUGCUCAGCUUUUUUCCAUUUCAUUGGGACUUGUGCAGAGAAGGGAAUUAUCCAGUUGAAGUGCAUCCUAUUUCUCUACUUGAAAGCUUCCCCAAGGCAAGAUUUAGAAAGGUUUGCACCACUGAACUCUGGCACGUAUGCAGUUGCUCCAAACCCUACACUGAAAUGUAUUAAUAACCAAAUUUAAUAGCAUUAAGCUUAAUAACUAACAUUAAAAAGGUAAAGGUGGUUGUUGUUUAGUCGUGUCCGACUCUUCCUGACCCCAUGGACCAGAGCACGCCGGCACUCCUGUCCUCCACCGCCUCCCGCAGCUUGGUCAAACUCAUGCUGGUAGCCUUGAGAACACCGUCCAACCAUCUCAUCCUCUGCCGUCCCCUUCUCCUUGUGCCCUCAAUCUUUCCUCCCUGACCAUUAGGUCCAGUCGCGGACGACUCUGGGGUUGCGGCGCUCAUCUCGCUUUAUUGGCCGAGGGAGCUGGCGUACAGCUUCCGGGUCAUGUGGCCAGCAUGACUAAGCCGCUUCUGGUGAACCAGAGCAGCGCACGGAAACGCCAUUUACCUUCCUGCCGGAGUGGUACCUAUUUAUCUACUUGCACUUUGACGUGCUUUCAAACUGCUAGGUGGGCAGGAGCAGGGACCGAGCAACGGGAGCUCACCCCGUCACGGGGAUUUGAACCGCUGACCUGGAUGGGGAUUCAAACUGCCAAACUUCUGAUCGGCAAGCCCUAGGCUCUGUGGUUUAGACCACAGCGCCAUCUGCGUCCCAUAACUAACAUUAUUUGGCCUUAUAUCUAGGAGUUGGACGGUGAUACCCUAAACAUGGGCAGUUUCUCUUUUCUAAUAGAGUGGAGCCUGUUUAAGACUUCUGCCGCCUACCCUGUGAUCUUGGACAUGUUUACUUGGGGAGAGAAUGCUAUUAAAUCCAGUGGGAGUUGCUCUCAUGUAAUUGUGUAUCGGACUCCACCUUUCGAAAGGUCUGGAGGCACAUGGCACAGCUUCAUUUAGAAGCUAAGCAGAUUUGGCCCUGCGAACAGCCUGAGUGGAAAGACAGCCUGGCAGCCCAAGGGGAGCUGCUCUGAGCUCCUCCAAGACAGAAAGGGGCAUCAGUGUAAGAUCUAAAUAUUAACUCCUGGAUGAUCAGAGAGGGCCUCUUCUCCAGGUUCCCCAUCACCUGGAGGCAGUGGUUAGUUGUCUGGGAAAAGGGCAUUUUUAGCAGUGACACCUGAAUUUUGAAAAUCUCACCCAAUAGAGGAUUUCUCCAGUGCCUACUCUGAUGUCUUUCUGGAGCUGGGCAAAGACUUUUCUAUUUUCCCAGGUUUUUAGCUCUUGCUAAUCUGUUUUGUUUUGGCCUUCAUUUUAUGUCUUCAUGCUGCUUUGAAAGAUCUGCCUUGUUUCUGAAUGUGAAUUCUGAUUGAUGUAUUUUAUCAAAGCAAUUGUGGAACUGAAAUACAAUUAAGAAGAAGUAUAUUAAUAGUGAAUUUUGGGGGGGGCCAAGAGAGUGGGGCCCUAAGCUAUAGCUUGUUUAGCUUAUAUGUAAAUCCAGCACUGCCUGUGAACAGGACUAGGGGCUGGGUGGGUUGUCUCUGGGCGCUGAGCGCUUAGCUCCAUGUCUUCAAUGGGAUCUUCUUCUCUCUUCACUGUUCAGCGGGAGUUAGUUGUAAGCCUGUUAACAGCAUCAGCUGCACCGAGUCAAUGGCUCUGACGUGACGACUUUCUUUUUUCUCUUGCAGUUUAUCGCAUGGUGGAAAAUAGGAGCCAAGUUUCCCAUCAACAAUGCCUGGCAGUAAGUAUGGCAACCUGUUGAAAAUGUAAGGCGUUUGCACUGAGAACUUGAGAUUCGGUCCUUCGGAGGAAAUCUCUUCUGAAAAAGAAAAGCAGAAACAAAAUGUGGCAAGUGUGAGGCAUCUUUGAACGUGGAGCUCUGGCUUCAGACGUUGUAGCAGACGUGCUCAUUGUCAUCCAGAAAUGUAUUAACUGCUCUUGUGAAUACUCCUAGCAGUUAGAGGGCUUGAGUCUUAAGCUGCUAGGCAAAUGUAGCAGUCAAAGUGGAGCUCCAUCCAGUGCAGAGCUAAAACUACUAUUUAAAUACUUAGCAGAAAAUAAAAUGGACACUUAUCGGUAAAAUCUGGCUAACUCUUUUUUUUAAUCAAGACAUUCAUAAUAGAGAGGUCAAGAAAUAAAUAUUCCCACAAUUGAAACGAAAGCUUGAUGAAGGAAAUAACUGGUGUGCAGUUAGUACUGAGGUUCACAAUCACGCAGUCUUUAGAUGUGGCUGCUAUAAUUAAAACAUGCACAGAAAUGGGAAAUCCCUUGUAGUAAUUACUGGCCAAGAUGGGCAAGUAGCUCAGCUACUUGUAUUCUUGUGCUUCUUUAUUUUCUUGUAUGCUUGGGUAUAUCUCCCUUUAAAAAUAAUAAUAAUAAUAAUAAAUCAGUAUUUAUCCCUGUUUAAAAAUUUUUUUUAAAAUUUCUAAGUUAUUCAGAAGCUCUGGUCUAGGGGGAAAAAGGGUUACCUCUCUUUAAAAGACAGACCGUUCAUUUUCAAGUGUGGUGCCCCUUUUUAAAAACACCUAGUUCAGUGACUUAGAAACAUCAAUACUUUUCUAUUCAGAUAUUUCUAAGAUGCUUUGUGUGUGAGAAGCCUUGAUCCUUCUUGCAGAACUAGUGAAAUACAAUGGCCUUUGAUUUCAAUAUUUUUUCAUACUUUUGUGUGUGCACAUGAGUACCACAACAUUUCCUUCUGUAGCUGGCAUUGUGUCUUGGCUGUCUUUGACAAUGGAUUAGAAAGAGAGAGAGAUCCUUUUAAAGUACGCUUUUCAAGUGUGAACAAUGUAUUCCUUUUAUUGAGUGCAGCAGUUGAUCAGCAUCACUCAGGCUAGGAAGAGAAGGAGCUCUUUCAACAUAACAAACAGCAACAUGACAUUGGCUAUACAGCAGAUGCAACAUUACAGAAGAAAUGUUCUGUACUUCUGGAGCGUUGGCGGGCUGCUAAAGUGAAUGUCAAGCUUAAGGCUAAUAGCAUUUGGAGGUUGCUUGCAUGGAUGUGGUGAGCUCUUUUGCUUUUUCUAAAAUUGUAUCAAGAAUGAUCUUCAAAUAGAUUUAGUUAUUUAUUUGCUGCUUAUGAUUAUACUCUUGCCUUCCUCCAAAUGGAGCCAGGGAAGCUAACAACAAUUUAAACCAUUCUCUCUUUCUCUCUCUCUCUCUCUCUCUCUCUCUCUCUCUCACACACACACACACACACACACACACACACACGUGUGUGUGUGUGUGUGUGUGUGUGUAUAAAAAUUAUAAUUAAACAAUUUAAACACUGAAGACAGCAUCAGUUCAUAAACCCACUCUUGAUACACUGUACAGUUAGGCACCAAAUGCUAGCAAAAUUAAAUGUGGUUUUAGGCGAUGUCCCCAAUAAGGGAGAGAAUCUGAUCACAGCUUCGUUCCAUAAGAAAGGGGCUUAACUGAGAAGGCCCUGCUCAGCACCACCUCCCGGUAAACCUUGGCCAUACAUUACUGGUUUCGACUACAAUAGGUUGUAGUAAUAAUCAUGAUGGAACCAGAGGAGGAGAAAGGUUAUAUGGCCCCAACUCAUGAUUCUUGGUGGGUGUCUGAGGCCCCGCAGUUCAAAAACAUCCCCAAAUGCCAGUAUAUUUUAAUCCUGUUUUUUACUGGCUGUGCUAUUCUGCAAGGCUACUCAGUUGUUACAACUUUUCAUAGAGUCAUUGUUUUGGAAGAGACCUGGGGGUUUGUCUAGUCCAACUCCCUGCUCAAAGCUAGGUCUGCAAUGCAGACUGCAAUUAUAGCAUCUCUGACCCAUGGCUGCCCAGCUUCUGUUUAAAUACUGCCAGCAAAGGGGGUUGGACUAGAUGACCCUUCGGUCCAUUCCAACUCUACAAUUCUAUGAGUCUUAAGAGCCUCACACUGCCCGAGAUGGUCCAUUUUUCUUCCGCUAUAUAGGUAUUAGCAUUUAAAAGUCUCUCCUAAUGUUUAGCUUCCCCAUAGUUUUUAUUCAUUGGUUCUAGGCUUGUUCUCUGGAGCAGCAGAGAGCAACUCUGCUCCCUUCAGAUACCUGAAGGUUUCUAUCAUGCCAUCCCUUAAUCUUACGUUCCUCAAGAGAGCAAUUGCAGGUAUCUGAAAGGUUAUCGCACAGAAGCUGCUGCAGCAGCAAGCUGCUGUCUGACCCGGAGCGCUAUUUGACGCCUGUCCUGCUAGCAGCAUUAAACAGCCAGCCCUCUGUACCAAUGUCGGUGGCUGGGUUACAGUGUGUACAUAUAUUUCUGCACAGAACUGUAUUAGCUUUAUUUCUGCAAAUGUUAAUGCAGUUUUUUUAUGGGUAGUGUUUUGAGAGAGUUUGUUUCCUUUCUCCUUUAACCUUACGCUUAUUCGGCUGUAAAUAAUAGGCUAAGCUUCUUAUUAGGACAAUGGAGAAAUGUCCUUUCUCCUUUUGUGCGUCUCAUUACAAGGUGGCCAGGCUUAGUUACAUGCAUGUCAGGUGCACUGACCCUGGCCGUGUGGGGCCAGGCGCUCUCUUUCAUUUCCAGAGCUUGGCAUUGUCGGUGCAAUUGGAUACGCGGCGUUCUCAUGUGCAGGGUCCCUUGGCGCUUCUGUCACGUGCAGGGCUAGCUAGAUAAGUGUGUGCUGCCUCUACCUGAAUUUGACAUUGCCGAGCCUGGGCAGGAGAGAGCCGGGAAGGCGUAGAGGGGCAGCUAAAGAAAGGAGGAACUGCAGAACUGCCAGGAGGGAACAUGAUGAAGACGUAUGUGGCAGUUCCUGUGGCUGAGCAAGAUAAGUCCUAUGACUACAAUCCUGACUGGGAACCAGGCCCAUGCGUGUGCCUUGGUAGGUGAAUUCUUCAGAGCGCCUUCUCUUCCCCUUCUCUCCCUCACCCCCGUUCCAUUAUUUUGCUGAGAAGGAGCAUUGCUUUCUCUUGAAAGUUUGAAAAACAUCUGUAUACUCAAACCGUCCUCUAUCUCUUCUUAAUAUCUUCAAUGCAUGCAGUUUGAGCAAACCCGCUGGAUUAUUUCUUAGUUGAAAGGGGGGGGCAGCGUGAAAAGAGAUGUUAACAUGAGCCUCUUGUUCAAACGUGGAGUAAACUGUGCUGUUGGUUUUACUGCAGAUAUAAUUUCAAGCUGUUUUUUGCUUGUUUCCCUACAUAUGUCUCCCCAGACACAUAUUCUCCAGGUAUAUAAGUCUGUUCUUACUGUGUGAACCAGUUGCUGGCAUGUACCAUAACUGUAUACACUUAACGUUGGCGUUGCUGCCUCCUUGCAUGGUAGCAUAGUGGUUUUCUUGGUUUGAUCGAGUGUAACUGUGUGCUGAAAUCUUGGAAAUUUGACCAGUUGGAAGCUAAUGUUGCUUGCCCCAUAUUAGACCGAAGGAAGGAAUUUGCAAAGGGGGAGAGGGAAGGCAACUGCAUACAGGAAAGGACAAAUGUCCACUUUAAAAUUAACAUUUCUGAAUUCUUGAGUGGGGUGUUCUAGAUCAGAGAACCUCAGGCCAGAGGUAGCCCUCCUAACCUUUCUGACUGGCCCUUGGAAUGCCCCCCAGUGCUUUUUCUGGGCUGGUUUGUGUCCUUGAACUCCCACAAUGCCCCUCUCUUGCCAGGAUGGAGAGGGGUGGGUGAGGGAGCAUAGUAGAAACUUGCCUGCAGAAUGGAAGUGAAACUUACAUGCACUGCUGUGCCCACUUUUGUCUCCAGCCCUGCCCAUCAAAGGCACGUGGCCCCCAAAAGGUUGCCCAAAAAGGAAUGUGGCCCUCAGAUGGAAAAUGGGUUCCCCACCCUUGUGCUAGACCCAUGGAAGCAGCUACGUCUCUAGUUUGUUCCAGCUCACACCCCACUCUUUCCCAUUUCCGAAAGCAAUAUUCAACAUAAUUUACAUAGUCUGCUAGUGUGCAGGAACCGAGUUCCAUAACUUAGGGUCUGCCACAGAGAAGGCCCUGGCCUGCCUCCCUGCCAAAUCAAACAGAUCCUGAGCUUCUUUGAUGGAUUUUGCAAGCAGAACCUCUGCAGUCAGAAGUGAGCAUGACGUGAGUUCAGUGCAGCCUCUUCUCAAGAAACUCUGCCUUGGGUUGCAACCGUACUGAUCCUAAUGAAUUGGUAUUUUGCAAGGACAACCAACAGAGUGUCCCUCCACAUGUUCUUGGACUACAGCUCCUAUCAUCUCUAAUAAUAAUAAUAAUAAUAAUAAUAAUAAUAGUUAUUUAUUUAUACCCCGCCCAUCUGUCUGAGUUUCCCCAGCCACUCUGGGCGGCUUCCAAUCGAGUGUUAAAAACAAUACAGCAUUAAAUAUUAAAAACUUCCCUAAACAGGGCUGCCUUCAGAUGUCUUUUAAAGAUAAGAUAGCUGCUUAUUUCCUUCACAUCUGAAGGGAGGGCGUUCCACUGGGCAGGCGCCACUACCGAGAAGGUCUUCUGCCUGGUUCCCUGUAACCUCACUUCUCACAAUGAGGGAACCGCCAGAAGGCCCUCGGCGCUGGAUCUCAGUGGCCGGGCUGAACGAUGGGGGUGGAGACCGAGGCCGUUUAGGGCUUUAAAGGUCAGCACCAGCACUUUGAAUUGUGCUCGGAAACGUACUGAGAGCCAAUGCAGAUCUCUCAGGACCAGUGUAAUGUGGUCCCGGUAGCCACUCCCAGUCACCAGUCUAGCUGCCGCAUUCUGGAUUAAUUGCAGUUUCCGGGUCACCUUCAAAGGUAGCCCCUCAUAGAGCGCAUUGCAGUAGUCCAAGCGGGAGAUAACUGGUGUUGGGUGGGGAUGAUGGGAGCUGUAGUCCGCCACCAUCAGGAAGGCACCACAUUAGGUAACUCUGCUAGAUGCUGCUGCUGCUGCAGCAGCUGCAGGUCAAUGUAGCUGCUGUGUUUUUGGACUCUCUUUGGGAAUGUGGCUGUGGCCACUUCCGUGAUGAGCUCCUGCACCUCAGAAUUGACCACUGUGCCAUUGGUGAUCAGUUCAAAGAACGCAGAAGUUGGAUAUUAAAAUGCUGUUACCUUGGGCCCAAGCGUGUAUCUUUGGCUGUUUUCAUGCAAGUCCACCCAUAUAUUCAAGAAUCUCCACAAUCGGUUCAAGGGAUCACAGACUAGAGUCUGGCUCUGUCUCCAGGCUUUGAAUGUAGCUUGCCAGGGAAAGACCCCUUUACAGAUGAGUCCUGAGCAGGAUUUACGCAGAUGGAUUCCAACUUGGGAGAAAGGAGAAAUGUGGCUAUAUUAACAUCAUAAUGAUGUCAGACCCGUAGAGUUCAGCAGAGCUUACUCCUAGGUGCUGCAGCCUUAAGUUCAGUUCAGCUGCUCUUUCUUUGUGCAGAUCUUUCCCUCGCAUAUUCAUAUCAAAAGAGGAAAUGGAUAUCUUGCAUUUUUUUCUGCUGGUGAAUUGGAUACACUUUCUACCCAUCUUUCCAAACUGAGUGUGGUUUUGGGAGCAUGUGAAACCACUCCUUUGAUUUCAAAGGAUGUCCCCAAAUUUUGUGUAUGUUUCAGAUCUCCUUGCUGUGCUUUGAUUUUGUGUUUUUAUCUUGUACUUUUAUGCUGUGAAUCGCCCUGAGAUCUACAAAGGAAGGGCAGAACACAAAUUUAAUAAAUAUAAAUUUAAAAAAUUAAAAAAUUAUGUGCACAAGCUAAUAACGUCUGUGUGCGCACGCGCGCACACACAUGCUGCUUUGUUUUACAGCAGAGACUUGAUAAUUGAAACACGUACAUAAUUAUGUGUGGGCUUAAAAGUCACCACAUCUAUAAGCACCUUAAAGUCCAUUGUGUGCCAAGCUGUAUCUCGUGAUCUAAAACUGGCUUAAAGCUGCACGGCUUCCCCCCCUAGUGGUCAUGAUCUGAAAACAGGCAUAGGCAAACUCGGUCCUCCAGAUGUUUUUGGACUACAACUCCCAUCAUCCCUAGCUAACAGGACCAAUGGUCAGGGAUGAUGGGAAUUGUAAUCUCAGAACAUCUGGAGGGCCGAGUUUGCCUAUGCCUGAUCUAGGAUGACUCUGGAGAGGAGCCAGUUUUCACUUCUGCCCUUCAUUCAGCUUGUGCAUCCAGUUGCUGCUUUCCCCACUAUUAAAACCAUUGUUAAAAUUCUUGAACCUACCUACACCUGUGGGACAGUUUCUCACAAAAGUGCGCAUGUACCUGAGCCUGCGAAUUGUGGAUGUGGGUGUCAUUGCGAGUGGAGAUUCCAUUCUGAAAAAAAGGGGCUCCACCUCCACAGAGUUUGGUUCUCAUUGCGGUUCUUGUUUUUUGCAGGAGUCUGCUGCUGCUGUGCGGCCUUGCGCCCCCGUUACAAGCGCCUGGUAGAUAACAUAUUCCCCGAAGAUCCAAAAGUAAGCGAGCCCUUGCAGUCCGUGUUUUAAUUUGGGGUGGGGUGGGGGGAGGGGUUGUAGGGAGCUUUGAGGUUUUCGUGCUCAGGCAAUUUUUUUAUUUUUAGCUUUUGUUUAAAGAUGUUAUCUUGGCAAGGUUGGCCAGCUGGCCACUUCAACGUUGUGAAAUCACGCAGGUUGUGAUGCUAUGUAAGAUAGCACUAGUUAUGGGUAUGGAUAUAGCUGCACACGUCGUAUGAGUUUCACACAAUAUACCGUAUUUUUCGCUCUGUAAGACGCGCCAGACCACAAGACGCACCUAGUUUUUGGAGGAGAAAAACAAGAAAAAAAAUAUUCUGAAUCCCAGAAGCCAGAACAGCAAGAGGGAUCGCUUUGUAGCCUGCAUUUGCUCCAUAAGACGCACACACAGUUCCCCUUACUUUUUAAGAGGGAAAAAGUGCGUCUUAUAGAGCGUAAAAUACGGUAGUUUAAAAUGUAUGCUUUGAUUAGACUAGCCUCGUAAGUCUCAUAAAAUCAACUGUAGUAAAUAUCAGCUUGUACAAUACAAACCACUUAAAUUUAUCUUCAAAGUUGUUUCCUUGAACUUUCUCUUACCUGUGCAGGAUGGCCUUGUCAAAGCAGAUAUGGAGAAACUGACUUUCUAUGCCGUAUCUGCUCCUGAGAAGCUUGAUCGGAUCGGUGCCUAUUUAGCAGAGAGGUUGAGCAGAGAUGUUGUCAGACACCGCUGUGGGUAAGACUUCUGCUGACGCCCACUUCAAAUCUUGCUGCUCAUUCCCACCCCGCCCUGCCAGUACGGGCCUCCUUUCCUGUGGCAAAUGAGAAUCACCCCAAGCAAGGAGGCUGUGUGAUGCUUGUAAAUGGGAAGAGGGUGGGUUCUUCCCCCCUCCCUGCUUUUGGGCUUUCAGUGUGCCACAGAUUAACAAUAACAGAUAAUAUCUAUGCAGGCCAGCUAGUAGAAAAGUUUGUGGGCUACCGUGCCAGGGGGCUUUCCUAGCAGGCCUGUGCUCACCUCUCUGCAUGCAGGUAUGUCUUCAUUGCCAUGGAAGCCCUAGACCAGCUGCUCAUGGCUUGCCAUUCUCAAAGCAUCAAGCCAUUUGUGGAGAGCUUCCUUCACAUGGUGGCCAAGCUUCUGGAGUCUGGAGAACCGAGGCUGCAAGUCCUGGGAACCAACUCGGUGAGUGAACGCUCCUUGGGUCCCCCACUUGGUUCUCCUACUGUCUGGAGUCAGUUUAGUUGCCCUGGCAUGGCCUUUGGGGAGCUGCGCAGAGGAUAUGGCUAGGAAGAGGCAGAGAGGAACGCAGUUACUUCCAAACCCCUGGUCGUGUGACCAAGCUGAAAAGGUUUAAGGUCAGUGAGAAAGAGGAGGAUUAGUUUGAGAAGAUAUUGAAUUAUUUGAGUAGGUUUGAACAAUUUGGGGCAAUUAAAGUGUUAAAAGUUAAAUAAACCUUGUGGACGGAGGAGUGUUAAGGUAUAUAGAAGUGUACAUAGGGUUAAUUUGAAUAUGUUGUCAUUGAAUAUGUAUGUUAUUGAAUAUUGUAUACCCAAUGUAUCAGCUGCCUGGGGGGGUUUCAUUGUUUGUGUUUUGGUGGUUGGUAAAAAUAAAAUAAAAUUUAUUUUUUAAAAAAAAUCGUUUCCCUGGCAUGGCCUUUGGGGAGCUGCACAGAGGAUAUGGCUAGGAAGAGGCAGAGAGGAACGCAGUUAUUUCCAAACCCCUGGUCGUGUGACCAAGCUGCAAGGCUGCAUACCUUCUUCCCUGGUUAUGAUUCUGACUAGCCACAUGUCGUCCCUGAGCCUCCCCUGACUGCAUACCAUGAAAUGGAUUGUGCUUAAAAAUCUUAAAAAUGAAGUGGGUGAUUACCGGAGACAGAGCCUUUUCUGUGGUGGCUCCUCACUUUUGGCAGAUAUCCCCUUCGAGGCCCCCGCUCUCAUUUAGGCACCAGGCAAAAACAUUUCUGUUUCCUCCAACUUUAAAGAACUGCUAACGUAAGCAUCCUUUAAUUUAGGGGUGGAUUGCUUUCGCCCUCAGUUUUAAUCUGGCUAUUUAGUUUUGUUUUGAUUUGCCAUACAGUUUGUAUACAUGGUUGUUGUUGCUAUUUUCAAUGUUCCUUUUGGUUUCCUAUUACUACUCUACUACCCAGGGAACAUAAAUCUGUGCUGAAGGUAUGGGAUAUAAAUUUAAAAAUAUUGGUGGGAUAAUGGCCGGUUCUUAAGCAUACAAGGGGGAAUAAGAAACUUUAAUCCACAUCUGGUGGAUUAAGGCAGGCCCUGAUCAAUGACUCCCUCAGAGACACAGGUUAGGAAGAAAGAAACCCUUCCCUCUGGCCAUGGUUCUUGUGGAAGGUGUGAGUUGGCUACUUAGAAAGCCUGCUGGAGAUGUGGGUAGAGGACUGAGAAGGAGACCCUUUUCCGACUUCCGGGGUGGCGCCUCCGGAAAAUGGCGGAAUUCCCUUCGGACUGAAGGGAACCCGCUGCACGGAGGCUUGGGUCCUGCCGCUACGGCGCAGCGGGGACCCGCAAAAACCACAGGCGGAAGAAGCCUGUGGACGUGGGACUCGGCGGGCACCGAGAGCGCUCUCUCCCUUGUACAGGAGCCCGGUAACGGGCUCCGGAGUGGGAGGUGCGUGGUGCUGUGAGUCGACUGCUUCCUCCGUGCAGCAAAGCCGCACUGCCGUUAUCGGAGAGCGCUGCCUUUUCCUGGACAAUUUGGCAUCUAAAAUAUCUAUCCGUGAGUACCUGAUCUUGGAAGAGUUGAACCACUUUUAAGACUGGUGAAUAAACAAAUAAUAUUGGACUUGAAAUUGAACUUAAUUGGGACUCGGAAUGGGAAGGUCUAAACAGGAAGUCGCCUUCCGUUCUUUUGUUAUGUGAAGAAAGCAAAGACAAAAUAUACUAAAGCUUGAAAAUUAAAUUCUAAGAGAACUAGAAUUCAACAUCUAAGAUUUCUGAACCCCCUUUGACUGCAGGAGAAGAAGGGGUUGUAUUUGGACUUUUCAAUCCUGCGGAAGUGAGUUUAAAAUAAAGCAAUUUUCCACCGCCCUGAACCAGGAGCGGGCUGUCAGAAUUGACGUUCUGAAGUUUAUCCAGCUCGACAGUUAGUUAAAAGAAGGGUAACAUUUUGAUUCUACUGUUGCCUCUUGAAUUUGGAAGGGGAAUUUUGGAUAAAGUGUUUCUGGAAAAAGAAAGAUUGUUGCUGUUGCUUUUAUUCCUUUAAAAAAAAAAAAUUUCCAUCUAGUGGAAUUUAGUGAAAUUGCAACGCAGAGAGAUUAAAAGAGAAGGACUAUUGGACUAUUGUCGUGGGAAAGAAUUUUCUUUGACCUUGAAGGACAAUGCUAGUACAAAGGCUUGAACAAUUGUUCCUGGAAGGUUUUUCAAAACUAAGUGCCCAGCUGGACCAGAUGCGUCAGGAGACGACCUUGAUGAUGGAAGUUACCAGAGCACAGCAGCAAACAAAUGAAAUUCAGUUAAAGGCUAUACAAGCAUAUGAACCUGCUGUAGUGACGGAGGCUUCAGAGAUGGAGGGACCUUUGGACGGGCAAGAUCAGCCUUUGAACUUGAUAAAUGAACUUGGGACAAACCAGAUUCGGAAAGAUGAAAUGUGGUCAGAUUUGGAAAUGGGGGAUGGAUCGACCCCCUCCAUAUGGUUAUUUGGACCUUCCGAGUCUGGUGAUGGGCUAUCAGAGGAUUGGAGUAGCCGAAGUCUCCAAGCUUUGUGGAAAUUUGAAGUGGUAUUAUUUGCUGUCUGGCUUGGGCAAUGGGUUUGGGAUGGACUUGCUGCAAAGGGUCAAAAGCAUUUUCUUGCUGGAGCAUCCACGACUGGAAAGGAAUCAUCAACAAGAGUGGCGAAAGGGGCAAGAAAGAGACUUGAGGGCCUCGGAUACGAGACAACCAGGUUAAGGAGCCGGAUUAUCGAGGUUAAAAGGACUGACAAUCCCGGGUCCAGGGGAGGGGAGGUUGGAAGCUGACUGGACUGAAUUUGACUUAUUAUUUUUUCUUUUUUAUUUUUUAAUAUUGGGAAUGCUUACAAAUGUUUGAAGGAUGUUGAAUGAAAUUACAUGGCUUAAGUAAGGAUUGGUAAAUGAUUCGUAAAAAGGUAAUGAUGCAAGAAUUUGGUAAAUAUUGAAUAUAAGCUAUGAGUUUUAAAGUUUUUAUAUGACAAGAGGGAAAAUAGAAUAAGGAAACGUAAUGACAGAUUGUUAUGAAAAACAGAAAGGAUUUGCUGUAAAAAUUAAAAAUUAAGAAACAAAAGAGGGGAGGAGGAGGAAGUCUAGAAAGGAAGUCAAUAGAGAUUGUAAAGGACUUUAUAUUUUUGUUUUUCUGUUUCUCUUUUUUUUUUUCUUUGCGGCUGGGUUUUCUUUUCUUUUUUGUUUAUGUACUAUUUUUGUUUUUUGUAUCCUCAAAUUUUUUUUGGAAAUUUUUGUUGUUAUUCUUUGAAAAUUUAAUAAAUAUCAAUUAUUAAAAAAAAAAAAAAAAAAAAAGAGAAGGAGACCCUUUUCCUUCUGCCCAUCUGAUGCUCCAUUAAUAUUCUUUGCUUGCUUGUCUUUGAGAUUUUUCUGUGCCACCUGACAGGGCUAGAAAUCCACUCUUUAUAUUUCUCCAGCAGAUCUGUGCAAGCCUUUAAAUAGAAGCUUAGCUUGCCCUUUAUCUUCCAAGUCAAAGGUAUUCUAUUCCCUCGUCAUCACUGCUGCAUUAGUGAUGAGCUCUGAGUGCCUUCUGCUUCUGCACUCUCGACUGUCCUGCCUGUGAUACCGUUUCACGGUAACAGAAUCCAGUCUCCAAAGUGUAGGAGUGUAUUGCAGCAAGCAAGGAGUAGCUGAAACGGAGUCAAGAAAGUUUUGAGAGUCAGGCCUGGUCUGAGGAUAGGGACACCCAACAGGACCAAGGUGAGGGUAAGGGUCUUGUGAGCUCAGGUUGGUUCAGCUCAAGUGCUGUAUCAGGGAUGCUCCAGGUUACUUUUAUGUAUUUAAAAUAUUUAUAUCCUCUUUCAAUUUCAACAAAAUGUACAAGAAGCUUCCAAAACAACACAAAACCUCAUUUAAAAUCCAAUAAAACCAACAUACCAAAUCAAUAACACAGCAGAAUAGAGCCUAAAACAUCAAAGGUGCUACAAACAAACCAGUAACAUUUCAAGGCAGCUUUUUAAAAAUUGACCACGCUACUUAUUAAAAGCCUGGGCACACAGAAGUGAUUUGCUUCUAAACUGUGCCCAGGGAACAUGUCUGAAGAGGCUACUUCAUAGCUAGAGGUGCAGCCACAGGAGUUGCCCCAUUGCUAAGUGCCUGAGCUCCAGAGGUGAGGCAACUAGAGAAGGGUCCCCAAAGAAGAGAGGAACUACUGGGUAACAUCCCAACAUUUGCCCUAGCAUACUGGAUUCAGCAGCAGCAGCAGCAGGCUAUCAAGUUACUAACCUGGUGGUUUUUUAGAAAGUGAAGCGUGCAAGACACACUCCCUGUUGCAUACUAUUUACCAGGUGCUGGAGCGUUUCUAGAGAGUUGUCCUGAUGUGGUAAAAAUACCAGGUCUUGCCACAUUGGAAGAAAGGUUUGCCAGAGGGAAAAGACCUGGGGAAUUUUAUAGACAAGCGGCUGGCUGUCUUGCUCUGUGGGAUUAAGAUCUGUGCCUUUUGCUUCCAGUGCCCUGAAGGUUUGGGAUCUAUGAAGAGAGGGUUGCCCUCCCGGAAAGCCUUGCACCCGAUCUCUUUCCCCACCAAAGAAAGGGGAUGAUGAUGAUGAUAUAGGGAUAGCCAGUCAGAAAUGCUUAGAAAAAAGACGGAUGAAUAACAGAAGUGAUUUUCCUGUGUUGCCACCCACUGCAUGCAAUAAACUACGAAUGGUGCUACUUUCUGGAUAAUUUCAACUGUAGUCGGGGAUUGCAGCAUUUUGGGGCUGGGUGAUGCCAACUUUCUGAUUGCUUUGAAGCUGUACUGCAUCCUCUCCAUUUCUCCGUCCUCUUCUGCAGUUCGUCAAAUUUGCAAACAUUGAGGAGGACACGCCUUCCUAUCACCGCCGCUAUGACUUCUUUGUGUCUCGCUUCAGUGGCAUGUGUCACUCCUGCCACAGUGACCCGGAAAUACGGAACGAGUAAGUAACAAUGUGCGACAAAGGGACGGGAGCACUUUCCAGUAUCUGCUCUCUAAAUUUCCAGGCUAUUGAGAAUAUCUGCAAUGGCAAAGCUCAGCAUCUUCCUCCAUUCAUGCUCUGCCAAGCACCGUCAAUGGAGUUUAAUUCAUGUGCCCUUUUCAGAGAGUAUCGAGUCUUUCUGCUGAGGCUUGCCGGGGGAAGCCUCUGCCAAACCAAAAGCUCUUGUAGCUUAAACCAAGUACCCCAGAGUCCAUGAAGCUCAAUACCCAAAUGAUAGUCAUCUGAGAUGGGUUGUUACCCUAGGGGUGGGGGCAAACAUAAGUAAAUAAUAACCUGAGCCACUUUGCUCUGGAAAAUGUAUUCAUCAUGUUUUUGUCUCUUUGAGCAUUGAACUGUUGGAGAGAACAUUCUGCCAGUUGGAAGCAAAAGGGGAUGUUGAGAGUGCUGGUGGACUGGGUUGUUGUUGUUUUUUUGUAAGAACAAAUGCUGUUUGAUUGUUUAAAUGCAUAAUCAUAAAUCAGCACUUUAAAGAAACACAGAAGGUGGCUGGGGCACUAGAAGAAGGGCAGGAAGGAUAAAACUGACAUAGAAGACUCCUUUCCUUGCCAGGGGCAGGUAUGCCCAUCAUUCAUUGAAUGAGGUUAGGGUGAAACUGGGCAGAAGAAAAGAAAAAGUCAUGCUGGCUCCUGUCUUUAUAUGCUUGAGUCUGGACUUUGAUGUCCUCCUUAUGUGUCUUCAUCAAAUAUAUAUGCCUAUGUAGGGAUAUUUGCUCCCUGGUCUCAGUAAUCAGAUUGGCUAGCCCUGCUGCCUUUGGGCUUAAGCUCUGGGCAUUCCAUCUUCCAUAGAACUGUAGAGUUGGAAGGGAUGCCCAAGGUUCCCCUACUCAAACCCCCUGCAGUGCAGGGAUCGCAGCUAAAAUUCAGGGAUCCUGCAGCUUUCCCUUCUAUGAAAAUGCCAUUGUUUCUUGUUCCAGGAUCCGAAUUGCUGGAAUCAGGGGCAUCCAGGGGGUGGUUCGCAAAACCGUAAACGACGAGCUCCGAGCCACCAUAUGGGAGCCUCAGCAUAUGGACAAGAUUGUUCCCUCGCUGCUUUAUAAUAUGCAGAAGAUUGAAGAUGUCGACAGGUAUGCCUGUCUCUCGGGGGGCCGGGCCCUUUGCUGACCCUGAGGAGGAGGAGGAGGAGAGGGGUUAGGUGUGGGCAGGAGGUGCUGUGGCUGUGUCUUCUGUCAAGGCAGUGAAGCACAAUGUCAAAGCCUGACAACCCUGUCCAAGUGUGUGUGUGCCUGUUUUUGCAGCCGGAUUGGGCCACCCUCCUCUCCAACAGGAGGCGAUAAAGAAGAGAACCCAGCUGUGCUGGCUGAGAAUUGUUUCCGGGAGCUGCUGGGCCGCGCCACCUAUGGAAACAUGAAUAAUGCUGUGAGACCAGUCUUUGCGUAAGCAUCUGUUUACUUAUGUACUUCACUGCAUUUUUACCCUGCCCUUCCUCCCUAGGGAGCCCAGGGCGGCAAUGCUAAUGUUAAAUGUAAAGUAAUAAUGUAAUGUUAAAGCAAUACAGCAACAAUCAAAACAUAUUUAAAAACAAUUAAAAGCAACCACAUACACCUGCAGCUUGUAAUUUCAAGGUUAGCAGGAACAGUAUCUUUCAGCCAUCAAAUGCCUGAGUAAAGAGAAAUGUUUUUACCUUUCCCUUGAACGUUAAUGAUGAGGACGACAGGAGCACCACACCAGGGAGGGCUUUUCACAAAUGAGGAACCACCACCGAGAAGGCCCUGCCAUGGGUCAGUGCCAACUGGGCAAAAGCCAAUGGCAGCAGCAGCAGCACCAACAGGGUCUCUCCUGCUGAUCUUAGGGCCUGAGGGGGUUGUGCUGGAAAUCUCCAGAAUCCUCUAAGAGUUUCCUGGGGGCAGGAAAUGCCUUUGAAAUAGUUGGCAAAACUCCCUCAAGGCUGGCUGUGGCUGCUGAAAAGUCCCUAGAACACUAUGUUUCCCUCAGCUGUUCUGAUCUUCCAUAUUGCUAUAUAACCAGUGCUUUUUUUUCUAGGAGUACACGAGUACGCAUACCCCUAAACAUUUUGUGAAUCUAAUAAGUUUGGCCUCAUUGAGGGGUAGUAUUUCAAUAUGAGUAGGAAAAUGAGUAUACCUCUCAACACUUUUUUAAAAGAAAACAAGCACUGUAUAUAUCGCCUCCCCUGGUAUGCCCUGCAGAGGACUUUAAGGUCCAUGAAUAAUCAUACUUUAGAGGUCCCGGGCCCUAAGGAAGUCAAAUUAUCCUCCACCAGGGCCAGUGGUGGCUCCAACCUGGUGGAAUGCUCUGUCCCAUGAGACCAGGGCCCUGCAGGAUUUAACUUCCUUCCACAGGGCCUGGCUUUCAAUUUGAACUUAGCCUGAUCUUUUAUUCCCCUUCCUUUCCUCCCUCUCCCCUUUUUAUGAAGAUUACCCGCUCUGGGGUCCCACAGCUAAUUCUCCCCUGGUCUCCUCGCUGGCCCAGAUAUUUUUUUUUUUUAAAUCAUAUUUAUUAAAGUUUCCAAAAAUAUAAAAAUACAAAGAAAAAAAGAAAAAAAAAAAGAGAUAUUUAAAAACCUUACUUUCAUUGCCUACUUUCUGGGACUCCCCCUCCCCCGACUGUAUUCCCUUUCCUUAUUUUAGUUCUACAAGCUCUCACUCCCAAUUUGAAGCUUAAUUUGUUUAACCCACUAUCCAAAUUGAAUUGUACAAAUCUUACCACCGUCCCACAUCAUUAACAAGAAAAGAAAAAGAUUUUCCCCAAGAUCCACCCCAGUUCCUUCCACGAAUUCCCUUUUUUAAACACGUCCAAUCAAAAUAAAAUGACAUGCGUAAGUUAUGUAAAAAAUAAAAAUAAAAGAUAUAGAAAAAUUCAAAAGAUGGUUACACAGCCUUUGGAUUUCAAAUCUCCCCCUUCCCCGGUUUGAAUUCCCCAUAUCCAUCAGUCUAUGCAUUAUCAGCUUGGAAGUCUCAAUUCAUGACCAAAUUUCUCCCCGAUUCCAUCUUGCCGGUUUUCUUUUAAUUUAUUAAUAAUAUGUAACUUCAAGUGUCCAAUCUAACAAAGGCCUUUAAUUUCCUUGAUCUUUACCACUCCUCCCGUUGUUCUUUCCGUGUCGUAAUCAGUCCUUUGUUCUUCUUUUCCUCACUUUCUCAGGUUUCUUGUCCUGUUCAGCUGCUAAAACUUUCUAAUUCAGAAAUCUGGUAUCUCUGCAGAGGUUUGUUAUUCAGGAACAAAAACUUACGUCCAGUCCCUUCCUUUCUUCAAUAGAAAAUUCUAUUGUCUCCUUUAAUGUAAAUACCUCUGUAGACAAAAUACUAUUUCAGUUUUGCAGCUUUCCCAAAAGAUAACAAGUCCUGUGCGGAUCCCAGAGUAUUUUUCCACUUACGACCGUUCUUGUAAUAUCCCGAAACCCCUCUAGGAUUGUAAUAACUUUGUAUCCUCUAAUCCAAAAGUCAAAUUGUUGCUUAUUUUCCAACAGUUUAUAUCCAUAUUGUAGCAAAUUGUAGCAAAAUUAACCGGCAAAGUCCUCAUAACAAAGUCCUCUUUAUAUUCUCCAACUUUGACAGCCACUUUGACAGCUGUCAAAGUCUCCGUCUCUCUUCACCAGGCUCCACGAAUCGCCCCGGUUCCCAGGGGGGUUGCAUUUUCUUCUCACCCUCCACUCUUCUCCUCCAGCACAGUUCUUAUAAUUUCCCAUCGUGAAAUUAAUGGUUUUUAUCAAGAAUAUACUUCCCUUUGGACCUUGGUUACCCAGUCCUUGUUUUGGAAUGCUUACAGUAGGGGGGGGGAUUGACUUCCUUUUAAAUCGCCCCGCCCGUGCCAAAUCCGAAAUUUUGAACCCGGUUUCCCAAUUACUCACGGGUUGUUGUUAAUAGUCCAAAUUUUCAAUGGAAGAAGUCAGCGCUCUCCGUCGAAUGGCAUGCGGCUGCGCUCGGCAGGGAAAGCAGAGGACUCAAAGCACCACGCCGCUCCCCGGCACCCGAUCCGAAGCCUUUAAAAGGGCUCCUUCACGAGUCGGGAGGGCGCUAAUGGUGCAAGCCGAGUCACCCAUGUCCACGGACUCCGUGCCCGUUGUUUAUAAGGGUCCCCGCGUCGCCGGCGCGGUAGGACCCAGCCCCUGCCGAGCAGACUCCCUCCGGAGCUCGGAGGGAGUCCGCCAUUCGGCGAUGGCGCCAACCCGGAAGCCCCCUCGCUGGCCCAGAUAGGACUAAUUUAGCCAGCUAGCCCUGGUGAUCAUCUAAUGUUUAUUGGAUGGAUUUCCCCCCUAAAUUGAUUUUUAAUUCUGAAUUUAUUGUUAUUCAUAUUUUAUACUGUAUUUCAUGCUGUUUUUUGUUGCAUCAAUUAAGUGUUUUAAAUUUGUUGUUAGCUACCCUGAGCCCGGUUUUCUGAACCGGGAAGGGCGGGGUAUAAAUAAAAAUUAUUAUUGUUAUUAUAAUUAUAAUUAUAAUUUAUUACUAUAUAACUGUCUGUGUCCCAUGAGCCAAAAGCCAAUCCUGAAGAUGUACUUAACCAAAAGAACAAAAAGCAGCUUGGUGUAGUGGACAGAGUACGGACUUUGACUGUGUCCAGUCCUCAUUUAGGUUGGCUCUGAGCAGGUUGCUUAACCUGCUUUCCUGGAUUAAUAUCAGGAUAAAAAUAGGAUGGCCCUGUGUGUGCAGGAUACAAUACAUAUCCAAAUAAAAUCCCCCCACAUUCAGCUUCAAUAAGCGAUGGCUGUAUGUGAUGAUAUGGGAUCGCCCCCUUCCUGCCUGUGCUCAAUUUGAAUACAUCAAGUUUUGCUUGCUCAUCACCCUUGCUGGUUGAAAUUCCAGCCAGCAAGCCAGAUGGUGCAGUGACAUUUGGUACAGCCAUUUGCUGCUUAAUACUCCUUGCAUCCGCACAGCAGAGGACGGAGGAUGCUCUGGAACAGCCAGUGGCUGUUGUGCUUCCGUGCUUUUCUUGGGCUGAGGACUAUGUGGCAGGAGCCCUUUCCUCAUGGAUAGAAUGGGGAAGCAACAGCAAAGAGAGGGAAGAGGGCGGAGAUAAUCCCUGGAAGAGAAAGCUUUGUGGUUGAAACAGGAGCCUACCUUCCAAGUCACCAUCUUUAAAAUCCCUGGCAUGCAAGUAAUGAUCUGGAGGUUACUCAUCAGCCAGAAGUCCUUACAUAGUUUGACAUUCAACAAUCUUCUUUGCUUACAUCAGUUACAAAGGGCAAAUAGUUUGUGAUUUGCCCCUUCUGAUUUGCAGCCUCAAUCCUUUCUUGGUCACUUUGUAGGAAUAUUUUGAAGGGGGAACCUGCAGUUUACAUAAUCAUUCACUCCUCAUAGCUCUUACACUAAGCAUAUGUUUUGUAUUUGGACAUCUGUACAAAAAUGCUGGGACGUGGGUGGCACUGUGGGUUAAACCACAGAGCCUAGGACUUGCUGAUCAGAAGGCCGGAGGUUCAAAUCCCUGCAACGGAGUGAGCUCCCAUUGUUCGGUCCCUGCUCCUGCCAACCUAGCAGUUCGGAAGCACAUAAAAGUUCAAGUAGAUAAAUAGGUACUGCUCCGGCGGGAAGGUAAACGGCGUUUCCGUGUGCUGCUCUGGUUCGCCAGAAGCAGCUUAGUCAUGCUGGCCACAUGACCUGGAAGCUGUACGCCAGCUCUUUCAGCCAAUAAAGCGAGAUGAGUGCCGCAACCCCAAAGUUGGCCACGACUGGACCUAAUGGUCAGGGGUCCCCUUUACCUUUUUACAAAAAUGCACCUGGAGAAGCAUCCCUAAAACUUCACCCCUCAUUCCAGAAUGCCCCAAUUCCUUUAAAUACAGUGGUUGCUUAUUCAUGCCAGCUGCUGCUUCUUAGAGUAAUGCGACAGCCAAACUAGGAUUUGACAUCCGAACAAGCCCAUUGUUAAAUGUUGAAAUUGCUACAGGUGCUUAAUAAUGGUUUGUUUUUAACAGACAUUUAGACCAUCACAGACUGUGGGACCCCAAUGAAUUUGCUGUCCACUGCUUCAAAAUCAUCAUGUACUCCAUACAGGUAUGUUUACCCUGUACCUAUUUCAUAGUCAGUCAACAAUAAUCCAUUAAGACAAAGGAGGAAGUUAGGGCUGGAACCAGCAGACGCCCCUCUGGUUGUUUGCAGGGUCAGGCUUCUGCAACAUUGGAGGGUCCAUCAUAAUCGUUUCAGGGGUGUUCAUGCUGGAGAAUUUAUCAUUAGCGUCUGGUUUCUGCCGUUUAACUCUCUUCUCUCAAGUUCCUGAUACAUAUUUUGUAGUGUUGUUGAAGUAUCCUCUCAUGGUGUGGGAGGUGAAAAAAUAGUUUCUGUUCUAGCAGGGUUUUCUGUUGACUGUUUUUUCUGUCCCUCCAUCUGUAUGUUUAGUUUUAUUUAACAGGAUUUAUAUACCCCUUAAUCUUCAAAAUCUCUAAGCAGUUUACAUAGUAUUUGUUGUUGUUGUUUAGUCGUUUAGUUGUGUCCGCCUCUUUGUGACCCCCUGGACCAGAGCACGCCAGGCACUCCUGUCUUCCACUGCCUCCCACAGUUUGGUCAAACUCAUGUUCGUAGCUUUGAGAACGCUGUCCCACCAUCUCGUCCUCUGUCGUCCCCUUCUCCUUGCGCCCUCCAUCUUUCCCAACAUAGUAUUUAAAAUACAUAAAUUACACACCCACACACCUCCCCUGCCCUCUCUGCUUUUUAGUUUGAUAGAUAUAUCUGUUUUGCUUGUAUCUGGUUUCAGUUAUUUUUUAAUUUAUAGGUUGAUUGUGAGCUACUCUUAAGUGCCUCAUACUGGGAUGGAGAGCUGGGAUAAAAUGUAUUAAAUAUAGACAAAACUGAACUCACUGUAGGUGCCAGGUUUUAGGGAAAUACUGUUCAAAAACAGAAGGAUAGAUGAAAACAUCCUAAAGAUACUUGUUCUCUGCUGGACUGGAAAUUAAUAGAGUUCGCUUUGAGGAUGAAUUCCCUCCAUCUGUUUUGAAAUUCAAGCUCCCUUUACUGUGAAAUUUAAUUUCAUUCCUUCUGUUCCUUCAAAUUUGUCUUCAAAACCCACAGCGCCUUUUCUGGACCUCCAAAGAAUAUUUUGUGUACCCUCCCCGCUUUGUGCUCUUUAUUCUUCAAACUCUGUCAUCUCUCACUUUUAUUCAAACGCCUCUUUAGAGUAUAAUACAGCCUGGCUCAUCCAUUGGGUUCUCCGAAGCACCCAACUCUGGUGGUCUGUGAAUGUGCCUUGGUAUUAUCAGUUAGCACGGUCAACUCUGGAGCCAUAGCUGUAAUUUUGAAGGGCUAUAAUGAGCUUUUGCUGUUUCCUUCCCCUUCCCAGGCACAGUAUUCUCAUCAUGUGAUACAGGAAAUCCUGGGGCACCUUGAUUGCUGCAAACGAGACUCUCCCCGAGUUCGAGCCGGUAUCAUCCAGGUCCUUUUGGAGGCUGUGGCCAUUGCUGCUAAAGGAUCCAUUGGUGAGACCAGCUAAUUCAGGAUGGCUUAAAAACCUGGGAGUUUUUGGAAGGGCUAGUUGGUUAUGGAAAUGUGGAAUAGAUAGUGCCAUGUCUAAUUCUGGUUUCCUUCCUCAUAUAUCUACCGGCCCCCCCGGUAGAAGAACAGUAGAUUAUUGGAGUUACUGGUUUUUUUCCUUGUUUUUAUUAUGUAUUUUGUGUUUUUGACUUGUAUUUUAAUGCUGCCCACUGCCCUGAGAAUAUGGAUGAAGGGUGGUAUAUUAUUAUUAUUAUUAUUAUUAUUAUUUAAUAUUCUUUUUAUUAAAAAUCAUAUUCUCAGAAUCUCCUUUUGACAGCCUUGGGGCAUGUGUGCUAAAGUUAAUUUAUCCCUUUCAAAGAGCUGUGACCGGAAGUAGCUCCAGUAAACAGAGGUGUGACCCAGCGUGCAAGGACUAAUUACUGCUAAUUGGUCUGCAGAUAAAAUGCAGGAUCUGUAGGCGCAGACAGAGAGAGAGAGAGAAGGCAAGUGGAAGUAGACCUGGCAGGAAGCCUCAGGCUCUCAGAGCAAAGGCAGGAGUCCUAGUGCGACCGUGAAGCAGGAAGGACGAGUGGUCCUUGGGGAAGAGGGUGAGCGAAUGCCAGGAUAUUUUUGUGUGCAAUAAAUGGAGUCUCAGGAAGGGAGUCCUUGUGAUGGAGCCUGGUGUCAAAAUCACCGCAUGGAAGACGUGGGGGCCGCAGGAUACCCAGAUGGUAAGGAUGCCCGUGUUGCAGAACAGGCACCCUGUGGAUUCUCCUGGUUGUCUUUCCAUUGUUGACUUCUACACGUUGUUUUUUCCAGUUGGUGGGUGUUUUUUAUUUGGCUUUUUCCAAAACGGAAACUUGACGUGACAGAUUGCUGGUUUGUUGGUCUUCUUUUGACUCUGGUGCUCGCUUGUUGCGACAAACUGCUUUUGUUGUUUGAUUUUUUUGUUGCUCUGGAGUCUGAACUUAGUGAGGAGUAAGAGGUGCAGAGUGUCCUCAUUCUAAAGCCCUGGAACCUCUUGGCCAGACAUCAUGCUUUGCUCCACAUGUGGGCACUGGCAUCUUUAUCAUGGAAUUUGUACUUUGAAACAUGCAUGGGGUGGAUUUAGGGAUGUGCAAGCGGUGCGCACACGCUGGGCACUGAGCCAAGGGCACAGGGUUUUGGGAAGGGGGCGCCAGGCUCUUACAGGGUCCUAAAGUCCUCCCACCUCCCCCCCAAACCUUGUAGUGCUUUCCCAGCUUCUGGGGAGGAGAUGAGAGAUCUCUAGGACCUCGUCAGAGCCUCGUGUCUCUUUCCCAAAGCCCCUGCAACUUCUUUACCUCGAUUUGGGAGGGCGGGCUUGGCGGGAGGGAAGGAGUCAGAUUUUGGCCUUGCACAGGACACUACAUUACCCAUGUCUAACACUGCAUGCAUGCAUUUUAGAAACCCUCACCAAAUCUGGAGGCAGUUCCUCCUAGCAGUUGAGUUCGCCUCAUAGCCCCAUCAUAAAAGGUAAAGAGACCCCUGACCAUUAGGUCCAGUCGUGGCCAACUCUGGGGUUGCGGCGCUCAUCUCGCUUUAUUGGCCGAGGGAGCCAGCGUACAGUUUCCAGCUCAUGUGGCCAGCAUGACUAAGCCGCUUCUGGCGAACCAGAGCCAGCGCACGGAAACGCCGUUUACCUUCCCACCAGAGCGGUACCUAUUUAUCUACUUGCACUUUUGACGUGCUUUCGAACUGCUAGGUUUGCAGGAGCUGGGACCAAGCAACAGGAGCUCACCCCGUCGCAGGGAUUCGAACCGCCGAUCUUCUGAUCGGCGAGUCCAUGGCUCUGUGGUUUAACCCACAGCGCCACCCACGUCCCUUUAUAGCUCCAUCAUAGCUCAGUGGUAAAGGAGGGGCCUCUGGCUUUGCACGCAGAAGGUCCCAGGUUCCGUCUUCAGUGGCAUUUCCAGUUGCAAAAAGAUUAGGAGAGCAGGGGAAAGCACACACUUUCAGGCCACCUCUCAACCCCCCCAUCUCAAAGCAAGAGCCUAGACUAGGCUGGCCAACCCUGAGCUGUGUAGAUAAGGAGCCUGGCCUGGUCUACAGCAAAGGGAAAUGUGUUGGAUGGCACCUUGAGGCUGGAUACUGUUUGUGCUCCCCGAUCACAACUGUCUGCAUCCUGGCCCAGUUAAGAAGAGAGCGCUGGCCUCACACACGAAGUGGAAUGCUGUGGGUAUACAGGCAUGUGUGGAGGGGCUCACAGACACCUGUUAGAACAUGAUAAAGGGUGUUUUCAAAUAGUGCUGCAGACACGAUUUUAUACUGUCAUGGAUGCUUUCAUUGAGAUUUCUGCAUUGCAGGAAUCUAGUCCAGCGGGGUUGGACUAGAGGACCUUCAGGGUCCCUUCCAACUAUGAUUCUAUACUCUGGCAGGGAAGCUGCAUAUAGAUAUUGAUGUCAGGAAAAACAUCAAAACAUUUAUCUGAUUUUUGGGAGUCUGUCAUACAGUUCUUAUAUUUUGCUGCAAGCGACCAAGAGUGGGUGGGGUAUUCUUACCAUCAUCAUGUUCUGUAUAUGGACUUUAUGUAUUUCUCAGUUUUUAUUAUAUUAUUUGUGGUUAUUUUAUUGUUAACUGCCCUUGGAUAUUUGGAUAAUAUCUAAAUAGCCUUUGCUUCUGACUUCCAGUUUUGUGAAAGUUCCCUGUUCUUGAAAAACGAGAUUCCGGCUGAUGUGUUUGUCGUCUUUUGCACAGGCCCGACUGUCCUCGAGGUGUUUAACACGCUGCUGAAGCACUUGAGCUUGAGUGUGGACUUUGAACUGGGCCAAGACUCUGAUGGCAAAGGUAGCCUCAACAGCCGCACAAAAGAGAGCGAUGAAAAGAUCGUCCAGAAUGCCAUCAUUCAAACUAUUGGUGAGUCAGUCAGAUAAUUCCCCCUUAGGUGGGUGUAUGUUAGCAAAAAAUUGAAAUCCUGUGUUGCGUUUUUUUUGGGGGGGGGGGAGCUUCAUAAUGGAGCUGAGCUUUUGAACCCAGGUCCUCACCACAAGGACUGUAGCUAUGACACCAGCCACCACACUGGUUUCAUCUUGCAAAGUGCUUAGAAGAACUUUCUACCAAGAUGGGAUGCAGUUCAGUGCUUCUGUUCUGUUUCGAGAAAUUGGGUCAUUUCACCUUGGGAAUAACAGACAUUUGUGGGGCUCAGAAUAAACCUAGCCUUUCUAAGAGACCUCUCAGAAGAAAACCACAAGGGGAGCUGCCCUGGUCUGGGUGAUCUUUUUCAGCUUAUUAAACCAGCUCCUCUCCUCCUCCCCAGCCGUGUGCUGGCUUCAACGUUUCAUUUCUGGUUUUUUUUUUAAAGCCAGAGCUGCCUGUUACAUCCAAACCAGGAAACUCAGGCCUAAUGACUGUCUAAAUGUCAAGAUUAACUAACAUUUAAAGCAGAUUUUCUCAGUUUGGACAUCAGGGAACACUGGAAUGAAGUGCUCUGAAGCCCACAUGGAAGGGGAGGAAUGCUUGGGCCAGACUCUGAUUCCCAGCUUCAUAAACUGGGGGAGAUUGUCCAAACCAGACAGUGACUCAGAUUUGUUAACACAAGGCAGCCAUUAUUUCAGAAGAUCUGGUGGGAGGAAGACGGUGAUGUGGACCCAAUUUAAUCCUUGAAUUCUCAGGCCUUCUCUGUUUUAUGAACAGAUGGCCCAGCGUUGCCUCAUCCUUCCCUUUUCCGUUCCGUAGGUUUCUUUGGCAGCAACCUCCCAGAUUACCAGCGCUCCGAAAUAAUGAUGUUCGUUAUGGGGAAGGUCCCUGUGUUUGGGUCAGCAUCUCAGACUGUGGACACCAGCCAGUUGGGGUUUGUACUUUUCCUCUUGCCUGUUCAAGAAUUCUGGUGGUUCUUAAAACUGUGGCCUGCCUUUUGCGCUUCCUGCUGUCUUUGCAAUUCCACUGGCUUUGAGGGAAGAUGAUCCCUUGGUGAACCCUUAGGGAUACGAUUAGCUAUAAAUAAAAAACAAUUAAGCACCUGCAAUUGAUCAUUUUUCCCAGUACACACAUACUAAGUAUUUGUUUCAGGUGUGGGAAUGAGGAUUAUGGUUGAUCCAAAGGCCUCCCAGGAAAAAAUAAUUCCGAAAGCAGGGAGAGAGGUGGCACUGCGUAGCCGUCAGGUCUGGGAGUUCCAGACUCCAGGGGUGGCUGCCUGCAGAAGGAGAAUGUGUGAGAUUGCUUAAGAGAGGAGGUGAUCUGAGGGUGACAGAAUCGGAUGAGCAUGGCUCACAAGCCCAGGAGGUCUUAGUUCACUGAGGAUUGUCUCUGGUCCUGCCUUUCCCGACAGGCUUCCUGCAGAAUUGCCCCAAGAACCAGAACAGUCAUGCAGGAAUGGUGAAGGAGGUCUUAGGGAGUUUGCAAGAUGCAUGCCUAUAAGUCAUUUUUGCCCUUACUUGUUGCCUCUGGUCAUUUUCUGACUCCUUCCCACGGCAUGUGUCAGCAGCAGCCCUGAGUUUGCACAUGUGAGUUAUCAGUUGGUCCGUGUGUAUCUCAGCGCUAGUAUGGCAGGAAUGGCCCUUCAGGGCGUUCUGUCACUCCAGGUAUCAGUGGGCAGGAAGUGGUUGCCAGUAAUGAAUCAUAGCAAGAGAUUAAAAAUGGGAUAUUACACCUGCUGUAAUGAACUUAGCUGGAAUGUAAGCAGAAGGCGUCUGUGACAUGCCUCUCCUCUCUUAGAGUUGACUCCUGGAAUGCCAUCUGGCAGAGAAUUACAAAAAACAUUGCUGCUCGCAAUGUUCUUUGCCAGUCUGCUCUGUACGCAUCUGGGUAUGGUGUGCGUGGCUUGAGAGAUGGGUCUGGUAGGGUGUUUGCCACAGAGCGAUGGGGACUUGCCCAAACUAAGUAGCCGGCCGUGGCUCUGGCUGGAAACAACAGCAGAAGUGCAGCUUGCACUCAAAACAUGCACAGCUCUAGUGAGUGAACUGGAUCACGGAGCCAUAUUGAUCUAAAGUACAGCUCUUUUCUGCUCCCCUCCAGGGAUUUGGGAACCAGGAGGAUUCAGAUCAUGUUGCUGCGGUCUUUGCUUAUGGUAAGUCUGAUAAUGGCUCCGCAGAGGAGUAUGGGUGUGUGUGUGUGUGUGUGUGUGUGUGUGUGUGAGAUGUGUCUGUUUUCAGUGGGACACACAGUCUCUAGGCUUUUGUCAUGGAGUAGGAUGCAUGGAUAAGUUUAAAUAUUUCGGUUUCAUUUGAGCUGUGGGUGAGAACUCAUGUUUUUAUUAUUUAUCUAUUACCCACCCUUCAUCCAGAGGUCCCAGGGUGGGUUGCAGUACUGAAACACAACAUUAAAAACAAUUUAAAAAUAAGGUGGGUCCUAAAAACAGCGGGUGACACUGUGGUCUAAACCACUGAGGCUCUUGGGCUUGCCGAUUGGAAGGUUGGCGGUUUGAAUCCCUGCAACGGGGUGGGCUCCCGUUGCUCGGUCCCUGCUCCUGCCAACCUAGCAGUUCGAAAGCAUGCCAAAAAGUGCAAGUAGAUAAAUAGGUACCGCUCCGGUGUGAAGGUAAACGGCGUUUCCGUGUGCUGCUCUGGUUUCGCCAGAAGCGGCUUAGUCAUGCUGGCCACAUGACCCGGAAAAACUGUCUGCGGACAAACGCCGGCUCCCUCGGCCUGUAAAGUGAGAUGAGCGUCACAACCCCAGAGUCAUCUGCGACUGGACUGAACUGUCAGGGGUCCUUUACCUUUUUAGGUAAGAGUAGAAUCUCUCCCACCAACUGCCCCACAGCUAAAUUCACCCUCUUGUGGGGCAUCUUGGGCCCACAUGAGGAAGCAUGUCCACAUGGCCAGUCAGUCACUGAAACGGAGGGCCGGGUCACACAGGGCAGAUUUCCAGGUCAUGCAUGGCGUUGAAAAGGUGGCGAGAAGCCACCUGCUAGUUGUGCUCCCAUACUCUUCCGUAAAGGCAGCUCCCCUUUGGGCCUUUUCCUCUUGUUGGAGCCCAGAUCCCAUCAGCCCUGACCGUGGGCCACGCUAGAUGGAGCUGUUGGGAACAGGAAUCCAAGAAGAGUUGCAAGAGUGUCUGUCGCAGGUUAGCCAUCUUCCCUGCUGUUGAUUGACGGAUUGAUGGAUUGAUGGAUUAUAUUUCUAUGCCGCUUUUCGUUCGCAUGAAUCACAAAGCGGCUCGCAAGCAAGAAAUAACAAUAACAUAAUAGAAAAACAUAUUGAAUAAUUAGCAAAUAAUCAGUAAAGCAAUUGCAAUCUAUAAAACACUAUUAACAAAACAACUGAAAAAAAGCCAAACAGUGUAAUUGCAACAAAAGUCAUGCUAUGUGUAAACAGCAAAAUAUGAUCCAGCCUUAGGUAUCUGGAUUCACUGUGCACACUGCUUAGGUAUAUAUGAACUGCUGCUGCCAUUCUGAAUAUUGUGGAUGAGCAAGAACUGCGUCAGUAACACUUGCUGUGUCUUGAACCCCUUGGCAGGUCACUUCGGGGUACAAUGCCAAAAGCAUUAUGACUGUUCUCUCAGCCCCGUUCCUGGAUCCCCUGCUGUCCUCUUCGCUCACGGAAGACAGCGAGCUCCGGCAGCUCGUUCUAGAAAUACUACACAAUCUUAUUGACCGGCACGACAACAGAGCAAAGCUCAGAGGAAUAAGGUAGGACAAAAAUGCCACUUUGCGUUAAACAGCCUCAGGAAAAUGCGGUGAUGAUCGGUGCAGUUGCCUCAAAAUUAACCUGUGAAAUGCUUUUGCUGUAUAUAAACUAGGGCUGCAGUAUUUUGACAGAAAGGUGCCUCUGAGAUUGCAAAUCCUACCUUGAGAGUUAUUUCCCUGUUUGCAUGUAUCAUCAGAAGGCAAGUAAUUGUCUUUAGAACUUGUUCCUUCUCAUAUGCAGAUGUGUUCAGAUUUAAUUAAUUAAUCAUCUGACGCUUACACAGUUUAUCAGUUAAGAGUUCUUUUAAUUAGGUGUUAGACCUAACAGGGGGUUCCCACUGCCUCACUUUCUCUUGUGCUCCUUCCAGAAAAAAUAUGGAGAGUCACAACAAGAGGGGCAUUUCAGUAGUGCUUCCCCCGGGGAACUUGACAGGCAGUUGCAAUUAACAUAUUUUCAUUUCCUUUCAAAGACUUUCGUUUUUGCUCAGGCUAUUGAGCGUUGAUACUUCAGCUCUUCUGCUGGAGCAUUUUUCAGUUGGCUAACUUUAUGGUGAUUAUGCUUAUGAUGAUGUGAUGUUUCUAACUUUUCCAGCAAUUGUAUGACUACUUUUGUGGUUCUUGUUUUAACUUCUGUGCAUUUUUGUUUUUGAAUUAUAAGUCACUUUGAGACAUUGUUGGUUUAAGGGGACUAAUAAUAAUAAUAAAAAUAAAAUAGUAAUAAAAUAGUAAUAAAAUAAUAAUAAAUGGCGCGGGUGGCGUGGUGGGUUAAACCACAGAGCCUAGGACUUGCUGAUCAGAAGGUCAGCGGUUCGAAUCCCUGUGAUGGGGUGAGCUCCUGUUGCUCGGUCCCUGCUCCUGCCAGCCUAGCAGUUCAAAAGCACCUCAAAGUGCAAGUAGAUAAAUAGGUACCGUUCCGGCGGGAAGGUAAACGGCGUUUCCGUGUGCUGCUCUGGUUCGCCAGAAGCGGCUUAGUCAUGCUGGCCACAUGACCCGGAAGCUGUCUGUGGACAAACGCCGGCUCCCUUGGCCUAUAGAGCGAGAUGAGCGCCGCAACCCCAGAGUCGGCCACGACUGGACCAAACGGUCAGGGUCCCUUUACCUUUACCUAAUAAUAAAAUAAUAAUAAUAAUAAUAAUAGCGGCAACAUAAAUGCAUGCAAUCUCACUAAGUGUCAUAUUGUAUUAGCAAUCUGUGUUCUAUUCUGUAUUGCUUUUGGUAAACAUAGUUUCUUCUGGAUUCUUCCUUUGAAGAGGACAAAUUCUGCAGUUGUGCCAGAAUUUUUCAUAUAGGUAUUUUUAAAAAUGAACACUUGAGUAUGUGACAAAAGAGAGCUGACCAGAGUUGUUCAUGACCCACCCUAUUCCCGUGACUAUAAUUUGUUUUAAACUGUUUUUAAUAUUAAAAUUUAAAUUGCUGUAACCUGUCCUGGGUCCUUAUGGUUCAGAGCGGGUAAGAAAUGGAAAUAAUAAGUUGAUGAUGAUAAAUUGUGAAUUCUCUGGAAUUGAACACAAACUUGGAAAAGAUGGGGGUAAUUAUAACUUGCAUCUUCCUCUCAUCACACAAUGAUUGUAAUAUGUUUUUUUGAAAUUAAGAAUUGUGCAUUUGUUCCAUAUCUAGAAUAAUACCUGAUGUGUCUGAUCUGAAGAUAAAGCGAGACAAAAUUUCGCGGCAAGAUGUGAGCUUCAUGAAGAAGGUAAUUGCAAGAAGUAGGAAGCUUUUCCUUUGCUGGGUUCCUUCUGCAUCCCUUAAAACAUGUUGUCAUUCUCCACUGAUUUGUUCUUACCUUCGAAAAAAUCCUCUCUACCUGCUGCGUUUCCUGAGAUUUCCCUCUCCUUUGCAGCACGGCCAGCAGCUGUACAGGCACGUUUACAUGGGCUGCAAAGAAGUUGACAAUGUGCAUAAGAACUUUGAGCUGCUCUACACGUCUCUUGCUCUGAUAACGAUUGAACUCGCCAACGAAGAGGUGGUGACUGACCUCAUCCGCCUGGCCAUUGCCUUGCAGGUAUGUGCAGCAGGAAGAGAUGAUAAUAAUAAUAAUAAUAAUAAUAAUAAUAAUAAUAAUACAGUGCUCCCUCAGGGUAAAUACUUAAUUCGUUCCGGAGGUCUGAAACUAUUCUUAACCUGAAGCACCACUUUAGCUAAUGGGGGCUCCUGCUGCCGCCGCACCGCCGGAGCACGAUUUCUGUUCUCAUCCUGAAGCAAAGUUCUUAACCUGAAGCACUAUUUCUGGGUUAGCGGAGUCUGUAACCUGAAGCGUACAUAACCUGAAGCGUAUGUAACCCGAGGUACCACUGUAAUAAUAAUAAUAAUAAUAAUAAUAAUAAUAAUAAUAAUAAAUUUACCAGCCAGAUGGGCGGGGUACAAAUAAUAAACCCAGCCAGAUGGGUGGGGUACAAAUAAUAAUUAUUAUUUGUACCCUGCCCAUCUGGCUGGGUUUCUCCAGCCACUCUGGGCGGCUUCCAACAAAGAUUAAAAAUACAUUAAAACGUCACACAUUAAAAACUUCCCUGAACAGGGCUGACUUCAGAUGUCUUCAAAAAUCCCAGGGGUUGUACUUUGGCUGGAAACACGAGUUGUGCACGAUCCAGGUGUGUCGGUGCCUUUCAAUGUUCUCCCUCUCCUUCCCCCCACCUUAAAGGAUACUGCCAUCCUGAACGAGGAUAACCUGCCAAUGUCUCACCGCUGCAGCAUCAUGGCGCUGGUCGCCGCGUACCUCAACUUCCUGAGUCAGAUGAUCGCAGUGCCUGCCUUCUGCCAGCACAUCAGCAAGGUGCGCAGUUGUGCCUUCCUUCCGUCUUCCUACCCAGGGGUGACCAGUUUCCGUGUUCUUGGGGGCCGUCUUGUUUCUGAGAGAAAGGGGCAGCAGAAUGUGUGGCUUUUCUUGUUCUUUGGAGUUUUAAUUGUGUAAACUUCCCUGGAAUUAAUCUGAUGGACAGGAAGUACAGAGGUACCUCAGUUUAAGAACUUAAUUCAUUCUGGAGGUCUGUUCUUAACCUGAAAUUGUUCUUAACCUGAAGCACCACUUUAGCUAAUGGGGCCUCCUGCUGCCACCGCUGUGCCACCGCUGCACGAUUUCUGUUCUCAUCCUGAAGCAAAGUUCUUAACCUGAGGUACUAUUUCUGGGUUAGUGGAGUCUGUAACCUGAAGCGUAUGUAACCUGAAGCAUAUGUAACCCAAGGUACCACUGUAUAUAGAUACUUUGAAUGAACGAAUAUUAAUAUGCUUGCUGCAUAAUGCAGCCCCUUCAUAAUACUGCAUAAAGCUCUGUAAGAGAGUUCGCCCCAUCAAGUGACAAUCCCAUUAGAGGCUUGCCUGCUCCCUUAGUCUCUUGCAACGCUGGAAAACAAUUUCCCCCCCUUACUGUCAGCAGACACCUCAGGACCUUUCUGUCUUUCUCUUUGGAUUCCCACCUGAUCAAACCUCCUUUUAAAUCUUUCACAGGGAAGAAAGGCCAUCAAGCUGUUCAACGUGCAAAUUGAAAAUUGAACCUUGACAAAUUUGCAUGUUUGAUGAUUUUUCUUCCCCCUGAAGGAUCAUGAUCCUGCUUGUUGAUGGUCCUGUAACCUGUGAGUCUUCCAGUGCAUCCAGCAAAAUCAGAUUUUUGUGAACUGUUAAUGAUCUCCCUGCAGAGAGAAUCUGCCUCUGCAAUUCAAAUUUUGUUCUGUUCUGUGGAUGGCUUAAUUUUAUUUUUUGGUGCUUUUUAGGUCAUUGAAACCAGAACUGUGGAAGCACCGUACUUUUUGCCAGAAACCAUAUUCAGAGACAAGUGCAGGUAAAUGUUGCAUGUUUUGUUAGUAGUGGAAAUUUUGCAUUGUGGCCAGUUGGUUGACUUUUGCAACAAGAUGGGGGAAAUUUAAUACCUAAAGUGAACACUGAGUCUCCAUGUUAAUUUGCUGUUUCCAGUGCCUGAGUAGUAGUAGUAGUAGUAAUAAUAAUAAUAAUAAUAAUAAUAAUAAUAAUAAUAAUUUAUUAUUAUUAUUUAUUUAUACCCUGCCCAUCUGGCUGGGUUUCCCCAGCCACUCUGGACGGCUCCCAACAGAAUUAAAAGCACAAUAGAACAUCAAACAUUAAAAACUUCCCUAAACAGGGCUUCCUUGAGUGGUUUCCUAAUUCAUUUCUUCUCUCUUGCUACAUUCAAAUGAAGUGAUAGCUUGAAAAGCAUACAGUGUGAAGUGGUUUAAAAUUUGCUUAUGACAAAUUUGUUAAAUUUGUUUAUGACAAUGUUGAUUGAUUGGAGGGGGAAGGGACGGAAUAUUGUGAAGAGAGGAAUGGGGUUAGUUGGAGGAGGGCAUGGCUGGCUGGCUGGCACUCUGAGCGUUCCCCUCCUUCCGACCCCCUGAGCUGCACAUCCCACUUGUGCCUUCUUAAUUUCUUGCCUGAACUCCUGCACUUUUGCUCUCGACAGUCUCCCCAAAGCCUUAGACAAGGACGACAAGAACUUGUUUUUCCUGACUCACAAGAUUGCGGAAUCCUUGGGCGGCAGCGGAUACAGCGUGGAGAGGCUCUCUGUGCCUUAUGUGCCCCAGGUGACAGGUGAGCGGUUACGCGGUUCUGAUUGUGGCGCCUGCUCGUUCAUCGUGCUUGUGUCUCACGUCCGGCUGGUCACCUGCCUCUUGCCAUGAGCAUCAAAUAGGGGUGCAGGCAGAGCUCUGAUUUCUGGAGGAGUAAAUGUGGUUUGUUUGUUUUUUUGCUUCUGGAGGUUUUCACAAUCUAACGAUCACAGAGUGUUGCACAGAGUCAGAUCUAUGGUCCAUAAGACUAAGUGUCCCUACACUGACUGGCAGCAGCUCUCCAGGGUUUCAGGCAGGUUCCCCCGGCCCCAACUUUACCCGGAGAUGCCUGGGACCUUCUGCUUCCAGCCCUUCCUUGAAACCUGGGGCACCUGCCUUCUCUUUUCAAAGUGAUAGUUAAGAAAUAUGAAGUUACAUCUACUGCAAGGCUGCCAUGGACAUUCUCCACUUGUGGGAUAAUGCCAUGAGGAGCCAGUGUGGCACAGAAGUGCCGGACUAGGACCUGGGAGGCCAGGGUUCGAAUCCCCACUCAGCCGUGAAACUCACUGGGUGGCCUUUGGGGUCAAUCACUGCCUCUUAGCCCAACCUACCUCACAGGGUUGCCGUGAGGAUUAAAUGAGGAGGGGGAGAGCCAUCUUCAUGCCACCUGAAGCUCAUUGGAGGAAAAGGUGGAAUAGAAAUGCAAUAAAACAACAACAAUAAUAAUAAAUUUAUUAUUUAUACCCUGCCCAUCUGGCUGGGUUUCCCCAGCCACUCUGGGUGGCUCCCAACAGAACAUUAAAAACACAAUAAAAGAUCAAACAUUAAAAACUUCCCUAAACAGGGCUGCCUUCAUAUGUCUUAUAAAAGUCAGAUAGUUGUUUAUUUCCUUGACAUCUGAUGGGAGGGCGUUCCACAGAGUGGGUGCCACCACCGAGAAGGCCCUCUGCCUGGUUCCCUGUAACCUUGCUUCUCGUAGUAAGGGAACCAGCAGAAGGCCCUCGGAGCUGGACCUCAGUGUCCGGGCAGAACGAUGGGAGUGGAGACGCUCCUUCAGGUCUACAGGACCGAGGCCAUUUAGGGCUUUCAAGGUCAGGACCAACACUUUGAAUUGUGCUCGGAAACGUACCGGGAGCCAUGCUGUCAGAAUCCUCUCCCCCUCAUCCUUCCUUGUUCCGGGGGCCUUUCCUUUCCUCUGUCCUGCACAACUUGUUCCCUUGGAUUAGUCAUUGCAGGUGCCCAGAUUGUGAUUUAGAUGGGCUGCUUGACGAUGGACAAGGGGAUUUGCCUCCCAUCUAGGUCAGUGGCAUGAACUUUCCAAGGGGUCCCCUGAGAUAGAUGGGUCCGAGGUUCUCUUCCGUAGGAUGCCAUGCAGGCCAGAGCAGUAACUCUUUGGCCUCUUGUGACCACCACCCUUCCUGUCCCAGCCAUCCGUCACAUCUGUGACUGCCACUCAAAUUAUUUGAAAACUUGACGCUGAGAUGCACCGUAACUGCCACUAAAUGGUCACUAAAUAAAACUACAUGUUAGCUUUGUCAGAAUGUAGAAAAUGGCGAAGAAGUCAGUAAGCUCAAUGGGUUGUCUUCAAUGUUAGUCCUGCCCAGAGUUGACCCAUUGAAAUGAAUGGAUUUAGCUAAAGUAGGUCCAUUUAUUUUAAUGAGUACUCUCAGUAGGACUUAGUUGGCUACUGUCUCAGAAGGGGCCCUUCCUCCUCCUCCACAACGAAAUAAAGGCUCUUUCUAAAUUUUAUUUUGGGUUGUCCGUGUCUGCAGAUGAAGACCGGCUGUCCCGAAGGAAGAGUAUUGUGGAUACUGUAUCUAUUCAAGUGGACAUCCUCCCUGGCAAUGGCACAGAAGACAAGGUGAGUUUAUUCUCUGUCAGGUCGUGCGAUGAGUCUUAAAGGAACUUCUCCCUUGCUUCUCUCAUUUUAGAAAGAGGGCAGAAUAACUUUGUGCUAGUCCAUGAUUUAGAGUCUUGCUCCUGAGGCUAUGUUGACAAUGCAAAUGUUCUGUGGUUGGUGUCAUUCUUACAUUUAAUUUCUUUGACCUCACAACUGUUUGAACAACCCUCUACUUCAGAAUUUUAGACCCCUGACAAGUAAAAUUCUUCUUCUGGUGAUGUCCAGUUUUUAAUUUUUAAUCUCAGCUGCUCAACUUCCUAUUCUCUGUCACCCCCCAACACCCAGAAUUGCCACCAAAUAAUGACUACCUAUAAACAAGCUGAUCUGUUCCAAAUUUUGCAGACAGUCGCAAGUAAAUAAGAACAAAGAAUUGCAUCCCCCACCCCCAAAUGGUUCAGUUGCUUAUGUGGUUUAAACAAAUAUCUGAUCUUUUCUCCAGGUUAACACGGAGGAAAUUACUUUUGAAGCACUGAAGAAAGCUAUAGGUGAGAUUGCCCUCAGUUCCCUGUGAAGCUAGCUUUCUCCCUGCAUUCCCCUCCAGCAGGCAUUGGCCCUUACCAGACAGCCUAUGAUUUGAAAUUAAGAAAAGAUCUUCGUCCAGCAUUUUGUAAGGAAGAUUCUCUUGAUUGCAACAGCCGCCUGCUGCAAUUACUUGAGUGCUUUCGGUGUUAUCAGAGAUUCCUGUUGAAUCAUGUCAGGCAACGUGAAGGUGUGAAAAUAUCGUUACACAUUUGAUACCAUAAGGAGAGUCCUGCUAGAUGAGACCAAGGAUCUCUCUGGUGCAGAAUAUUGUGUCCCACAUGCCUGAGCCCAGCAGAGCUCGCCCCAUUCAGAUCACCCAGAAUCGGCAUUCAGGGUCAUCUAGUCAAAACCUCUGCAAUGCAGGAAUCUUUGUGCCCCAACAUGGGACUCGAACUCACAACCCUAAGCUGGAGAGUCUCUUGCUCUACCGACUGAGCUACCAAGGCCGUCAUGCCUGUCCUGAACCUUCAGCUUCAUUAGGCAACCCUGUUGGGUUUUGUGAAAUAAGACAGUAUGAAAUCGCUUUGGAAAGACCAAUAUCUUAGAUUCUGACUUGGCCCACUUUCAUCUCUUAUAAUAAACCUCUUUACUUAAAACUUUCCUAGUAAAUACAUGCAUGCAAGUGCCUCAAAACCCCAAAAUUUAUUCAAAUAGCAUGAAGUGCGUAGGAUGGAAUUCUAGGUGUCCCCUGAGCUUAAGAGAAGAAUCUCUCACGGAAUUGAACUUGAGUGACAAAAGCCUUUUGGCAGGUGCUGAUAAGCUUACCCCUGAAGGAAGCCUGCACAGUUUGUUGCCCACCCUGUCAAAUGCAGCCCAUGACUCGCCGCACACUGUGGCCCAGCAGGUGCUUGGCAGAAGCCCUGGUUUUGCAGUCCUAGCCAAGCAGGAGAACGGGAAGGUUCAGGAAUCCCUCAUGGGCUGUGCUCAGCUGGAUUGCUAUGUAUUUUGUACAUAUUUUCCUUUUGUGAACCACCUUGAGAUCUUUGGAUGAAGGGCGGUAUAAAGGUAAAGGUAAAGGGACCCCUGACCAUUAGGUACAGUCGUGGCCGACUCUGGGGUUGCGGCGCUCAUCUCGCUUUACUGGCCGAGGGAGCCGGCAUACAGCUUCCAGGUCAUGUGGCCAGCAUGACUAAGCCGCUUCUGGCAAACCAGAGCAGCGCACGGAAACGCCGUUUACCUUCCCGCCGGAGCGGUACCUAUUUAUCUACUUGCACUUUGACAUGCUUUUGAACUGCUAGGUUGGCAGGAGCAGGGACCGAGCAAUGGGAGCUCACCCCAUCGCGGGGAUUCGAACUGCCGACCUUCUGAUUGGCAAGUCCUAGGCUCUGUGGUUUAACUCACAGUGCCACCUGCGUCCCAAGGAAGGGCGGUAUACAAAUUUAAUAAACAACAAUAAUUGCUUGUGUGUUGUGCCAGUCUUGCCUAAAGAGUCUCUGGCAGUUACUCCAUUUCUUUCUCUCUUUUUCUUUCCCUUGCCAAAGAUAACACUGGUCUUGAAGAGCAAGAGAAGGAGAAGAGGCGCCUGGUGAUUGAAAAGUUCCAGAAAGCUCCCUUUGAAGAGAUUGCAGCCCAGUGUGAAACCAAGGUGAGCCCAGGGAUCUGGAUCUCGCUGUGUGAGCUGUAAGGAAAUCUGUAGAAGAGGAGCAAGAGGAUUGUCUUGGAGUAUGACAACCUUUUAGGAGUAAAGGGCUUGGAGCAGACUUCCUGCCUAAAAUCUGCUAGAUGACCUUGGCUAUUACACCAGGUGUCAGGCUUCAGGGAAUCUGAUCCCUCCCACGGGGGCAGCCAAGAAGCAGAUAAACAAGAAGAGUUCUUACCAAGUGGUUUAUUCAAUAUUCACAGAGAGAGAAGAAGGAAUGUGGUCUCUCUUAGAUAAUGGCAUUGCUCCAAGUAAAGUCCCACCCUCUUAGUCCCUCCUAUUCUACGUCAUCCCUGUGCCAGCUGGAAACCAAAUGGUUUCCAGAAAGUGGUAGGGGAUGCUUUAUCCCAUGUUGAUGGCCUUUCAGCUGAUUCCCUGGUGACCCGUUGGAAUGUGGAGUUAACCAAGGCUAUUGACUGUCUGGCUCCAAAGUGCCCUCUCCGAUUGCGUGGAGUCCGGGACAGCCCCGUGGGUUUUCCGCGGAGCUGAGGGCGAUGAAACAAUUUCUGAGACGGCUAGAGCACUGGUGGCGGAAAACUCAUUCUGAAUCUGACCGAACACGGGUUAGAGCUCAAUGUCGAGCCUACCAAGUGGCGACAGCAACGGCGACGAGGACCUUCUUCACCGCCUCUAUCGCAUCUGCAGAAAACAGCAGCAGGAGAACUCUUUCAUUAAGAGUUCAUUAAUAAUAAUAAUAAAUUUAUUAUAUAUACCCUGCCCAUCUGGCUGGGUUUCCCCAGCCACUCUGGGCCGGCUCCCAACAGAACAUUAAAAACAUGAUAAAAAAAUCAAACGUUAAAGUCUUUCUGCCUCUUGAGCUUUCUGUUCUACUACCCUCAAUGCAUGCUGGGUCCUUGGGGACAGGUAGGAAUGCUUUCCAAAGACACUGAGUCUGUCAGCUGUCUCCCCCCUGGUGCUUCUUCUUCCUGCUGCUCUCCCAAUAUUUCCCAGCUUCUCCCCUCUGCAGCCUCGGAACUAUGACCUUCUGCAAACCACUGCUCUAAAUCUAUACUGUCUGCCUCUUCUCAGGAAGGUUCAGGAAGAGAGGGUGGCGGCCCCCACCAUUCCUCCUCAGUCCAGUCCCUGACACCAGGCUUUUCUGUGAUGCUGUAAGAUCUGGGGGAGGAGGGCUUUGAGAGGUGGCCUGGACCAAGAUCCACUCUGCACCAUCUCACCUGUCAUUGGAACAGGGUGUCUGGUCCCUGCAAGAGAAUUUGUGGCCUGCAGUACAUGACGGCAGGGUGGGGCUCUACGCUGGUUUCCUUUCUGGCUGGCUAAACUGCAUCCAGAGGGCAAUUGUUGUUGUUGAGUUGUUUAGUGGUGUCCGCCUCCUCGUGACCCCCUGGACCAGAGCACGCCAGGCCCUCCUGUCUUCCACUGCCUCCCGCAGUUUGGUCAAACUCAUGCUGGUAGCUUCGAGAACACUGUCCCACCAUCUCGUCCUCUGUCGUCCCCUUCUCCUUGCGCCCUCCAUCUUUCCCAACAUCAGGGUCUUUUCCUGGGAGUCUUCUCUGCUCAUGAGGUGGCCAAAGUCUUGGAGCCUCAGCUUCAGGAUCUGUCCUUCCAGUGAGCGCUCAGGGCUGAUUUCCUUCAGAAUGGAGAGGUUUGAUCUUCUUGCAGUCCAUGGGACUCUCAAGAGUCCUCCAGCAAACUCCCCAUUAAAAGUUCAACGAACGCAUUGCAAGACAGUUUGGCCCCUGCUUGGCCAAGUGCUUGUAUGUCUGCCCGAGCUCUUUCCUGGGCUCCGAGGCCUGGAAUGACACAAAACCCCGUUUUCUCCCCGGAAAAUCCCAGACUCCGGAAAGGGAAGCAAAUGGUGCAACACUCCUGCAUAGAACUGCACCUUGGAGUACUUUCCAAUAAAUGUAUGUUUUCUCCCUACAGGCAAACCUCCUCCACGACCGGCUUGCUCAGAUCUUGGAGCUCACCAUUCGGUAAGGGAAAUGGCCAGGGGCUGGAGGUCCUACCCUGGAGUCACGGGGGGGGGGGGUUGUGGCAGUUCUGACAACCCGGUAGUGUUGGGCAUACUGUUUCUGUGGCCAGAGGUGCCGACCUGUCUCUGAGUGGUAAGGAAAUAAAGCCACAGGCACACAGCAGCUUACCAUAAGCAUUACGUAAGCUCUGGUUAUCUCCCGCUUGGACUAGUGCCAUGCGCUCUAUGUGGGGCUACCUUUGAAGGUGACCUGGAAACUACAACUACAGUGGUGCCUCGCAAGACGAAAAGAAUCCGUUCCGCGAGUCUCUUCGUCUUGCGGGUUUUUUCGUCUUGCGAAGCAAGCCCAUUAGCGGUUUAGCGGAUUAGCGCUACAGUAUUAGCGGCUUAGCGGGCUUAGCGGAUCAGCUGUUAAGCGGCUUAAAGAUCAGCUGAUAAGCGGCUUAACGAUCAGCUGAUAAGCGGCUUAGCGAUCAGCUGUUAAGCGGCUUAGCCAUCAGCUGAUAAGCGGUUUAGCGGCUUGGGAAAAAGGGGGGGAAAGGAAAAAAAUCCCGCAGGAACUCGCAAGACAUUUUCGUCUUGCGAAGCAAGCACAUAGGAAAUUCGUUUUGCGAAGCACCUCCAAAACGGAAAACCCUUUCGUCUAGCGGGCUUACCGUCUUGCGAGGCAUUCGUCUUGCGGGGCACCACUGUAAUCCAGAAUGCGGCAGCUAGACUCGUGACUGGGAGCGGCCGCCGAGACCAUGUAACACCGGUCUUGAAAGACCUAUAUUGGCUCCCAGGACGUUUCCGAGCACAAUUCAAAGUGUUGGUGCUGACCUUGAAAGCCCUAAACGGCCUCGGUCCAGUAGGCACGUCUCCACCCCAAUCAUUCUGCCCGGACACUGAGGUCCAGUGCCGAGGGUCUUCUGGUGGUUCCCUCCCUGCGAGAAGCCAAGUUACAGGGAACCAGGCAGAGGGCCUUCUCGGUGGUGGUGCCUGCCCUGUGGAACGCCCUCCCAGCAGAUGUCAAGGAAAUAAGCAGCUGUCUUAUCUUUAAAAGACAACUGAAGGCUGUUUAGGGAAGCUUUUAAUGUUUGAUGCAUUACUGUAUUUUAAUAUUUUGUUGAAAGCUGCCCAGAAUGGCUGGGGUAUAAAUUAUUAUUAUUAUUAUUAUUAUUAUUAUUAUUAUUAUUAUUACACUUUUUCAGGUAAUCAGCUCCUGCAAGGGAGGGCCUCCAUGAUUGGGACCCCUGAUUUGUUACUAGCUGGCACACGCCAGUGCUGUCCUCCUAGGCAGCUUCUCAUGUUACUCUGGUGCCAGGCUUGCUGCAGGAGCACUGCGCUGCCAGAGAUAUGUGGGAAGCCCAGAACCUCAUGAUCUACAUCUCCUCCCCAUCACGGGGAACUGGGUUAACACAGGAGUGGCUGCCCCAGUAUGCCUUGGGGCUCCUUGCAGUUGAAAAUGGCUCCUACCAUUAUGGACCAGAAAAUAAUUCUACUGGGUGAUAUGAAUGGGGUAGUCUCCCUGGGUAUGGACAGAACCAUAAGGAGGACAGAUUCAAAAGAAGCAAGACUACCAUCCACCUUUUUAUAAUGACACUUGUAAUGUGGAAUUGUUUAUGGUAAUAUAAUACAGUUGUACCUCUGCUUAUGUAUCCCUCUGGAUACGUAAACUUAGGGAUGCGAACACGGCAAAACCAGAAGUAUUUUUCCGGGUUUUGCCGUGCGUGCAUGUGCAGAAACGCUCUACGCUCUGUGUGCAUGCGCAGAAAUGCUAAAUUGUGCCAUGCGCAGAAGUGGUCCUCCGGUUGCAAAUUCCUCGGGAUGUGGCCAGACCUCCAGAAUGGACCUUGUUCGCAACCGGAGGUACCACUGUAGAUGGAUAAUGGUAAAAGAUGCAGCAAAUUUAAACUUAAACAUGGAAUCCAUGGAGGGAGAGAAGGAAGUCCAAAGGUUCAAAAGAACCUUGUAUUUUAACGUUUGAAAUGGUUAUGUUUUAUAUGUAUAAAAUUAUAUAUAUAUAUAUAUAUAUAAGAAAAUGGCUCCUAUAGCACCAAGCUGACUUGACAUGGAAGAUUCACACUUUCCAUUUACUCUACUAAAACAAAAACCAUGACCAGUGAGAUUUGCCCCCAUCCCUUCUUCUCUCUUUAUGAUCUUUAGGAAGCAGGCCUGAAACUCAUCUGGUUCACUCAGCUUUUGUGUAAUGUCUUGAGCUAAUUGGGUCCAUGUUGGGUUCUUUGGGUUUGUGUCUUGCCACAGUUCCCUUACGGUCCUAAUGUGUUGCUUUGUUGAAUUGCUUUAUGGAUUGCUAGCUGCCUUGGGGAUCAGUUUGACAGAAAGGCAGGAUAGGCAAUUCAAAAAUAAGUAAGUAAGGCAAGGAGAAUAUCUCACAAGAUCCAUUCUCUUGUGGUCACAAGUUGGCUGGGGUGUCCUGAGAAUGCUGUGUUCUCCACUAAACUGAUUCUAUUAUUAUUAUUAUUAUUAUUAUUAUUAUUAUUAUUAUGUUGCAAACACAUAAAUACAUCAAAAAUACAUAAAUAAAACUAAAAAGAGAAAUAGAGAAUAUAAAAAGAAACAAGAAACAGAAGAAUCAAAAAUAGAAAAGUAAAUAACAAAUUUCAAAAAAGAAAAAAAAUUCAUUUCAACUUCUACAUAGGGAGUUCAAGCCAUUUUUUAAGACAGCUUCAGCUUGGCUCCUUAAUUCAUAUCUUGACUUCCCGCUAUCGAUGAACGUACUUAGUAAGUCAAUUUUCCCCCAGAUAACUGUAUUCAAAUGGUAAAUCUUGGGAGGGACAGUCUGACUGACAGUCACUAAACCGAUUCUGAUAGCUGAGACGAGUCAAAACGUGCUGUGAGAUCUUAACCCUCUUUUAAUGUCUCCUUUGCAGCCCUCCUCCCAGCCCCUCUGGGACGCUGACCAUCACAGCUGGACACACCCACUAUCAAUCUGUUCCGGUUUAUGAGAUGAAGUUUCCAGAUCUUUGUGUGUAUUAAAGAGUCUUCUGGCCUCUGCUGGGCAUUAUUUACCAUUCAGAGCAUGUUGUGUAGAGUUCCAGAUGAGCUUUGAGCUCAGCCUUGCCUCUUCCCUCUGUCACAUUUUAAUACAGCUUUCAGACAUAGCCCUGGACUGGGGGCCGUUGGGCUGGUGCCCACAUCACAGGUUUCUUACCCUGAUCAUUCUGCUCUUGAAGUUAAAUCUCUCUUUUUCAGAGUAUUUCACACUCUCUUUUUUUCUCUCUUUGGCGUAAAAAAAAAAAAAUGUUUACAAGUGUAAUACGGUCUCUUUUGCCAAAUCGUUUUGUGUUUCGGAGAAUUUUAGACUAGGAGCUACAGGCUCUGUGGCAUCCGCACUGUCUCGAUGUCGUAGGAUUAACUGGCAAACUCUUUGCUGGCUUGUUUACUCUUCGGCUUCUUUCAGCACAAGAACCUCGGCACCUUAAGCAAUGCUGGGUAGACACGUUGCUAGUCGUAAUCCCAUAAACCACAGGCCUGGGGGUGACCCCUUGCCCCUUCUCCAAUCACAGCAGCAAAUCUGAAUGUACCAUGCUUCCUUGUGGUUCUUUGCACAUGUGAUUUCCCACAUCACAAGCCUUGCUGUGGCAAAGAAAUGCCUCUUUCUGUACAAGCACCAAAACCUUGAAAUAUUUUUGAUGUCUUAAAUGUGUCUAGUUCAUGCCCUGUGCUUUUUGGGGGAAACCUAUUUUUCUGUGUUGCUUUUAGAGUACCUAAACAAGACAAUAGAUACAUAGAUAUAUAUAUUUGGUAUAUAGCGUAAGAGAUUAAGGGCAUUUUCAAAUGGUAAAUAGUUUUUUUUGUUUUUUAACUAAUUCUGUUUGAAAUUGUAGAAGAGAAGCUGGUUAUUCCUUGAAAUAUUUCCCUCUGUAGUAUAGUGGUAGCCUUUUAGUGAUAUUUUGUCAACUGAAAGAGAAAACAAAAUGCAUGGAUGGAGCUUCCUGGAGAGGUUAGAAUUUUUAUCGUGUGCUUCCCCUCCCCUCCAUGAGAAGUAGUUGCAUUUUAAAAAUGCAACAACUUCCAUCUGCUUUAACUUCAUUGCUACGUUUUCCUCCAAGGAUAAAAAGUGUGAGACAUUUGACUCCCUUGGCCUGUGUAUCCCUGCGUGCAGGGAGGAGCACUUAACACCCAUCACAAAAGAAACAGGCCAGUUUUUCUUAUGUCCAACUCACAAUUUCAGUUUUGUUGGAAAAAACUGAAAGACAUCUGCGCUGCCCGAUUGCGCCGCUCAGUGUGAAAACAUCAGCUUGGGGCUUGGCCAGAUCAGCAUUUGAGCAUAAAAUUGGGAGGGUGUGGAGAGAGGUUAGCUUGACAGUGUACCAAAUGCUCAGCCUUCUGUUUUCGUUUUGCUUUUUAAAAAAAUGAAAUAGGAGAGGGCUGGGUCUCCCUCCCACCUUUUUAGUUUGUCGAUCUUGGGAAGCACUCGCCGGGCUCAGGCUGGUAAUCAAGCCCUUCUUUUCAGUUUGACAGCGCAAUCACAGCUCUUAGCGGAUGACGAAACAGCCUCUUUCGCACAGCAUUCCUCUGUGAUUGCAGCUGCUCCACCCUUCUGCCCUGCUCAGACCACAGGCGCCAGCACCCCUCAUAGGACGUGGUGCCGUUUUCUUGACGCCCUUAGCUUCCACUUUUUGGUUUUGGAAGGUAAGAUGUCUUGGCGUCUGAUGUCAUCAGAGUGGUGUCUUAUUCGAAGACGAAAGUUAAUCUGAGGUCAGUGCGCACACUGAGAUCAUGCACGCUGCUGCUUUUUUUUUCUAUCGUGUGACUGCUUUUGUACAAUAUAUAUAAAAAAUAUAAAAAUAAAAGAAUGCUGUUUUGAUUUGCACUCAUGCAGUCGGUGGACCGUGGUGCUAAACACACCCAGCCGCUUCUCCUAUCAGCUCUGCAUGUAACAGAUGCCUUGCACUUCAUGUCGUAUUUGCUUUGAAGCCUCACCUGAGUUGUUUUCACCUGCCUGCCUUUGGUGUGUUGCCUAGUGGGCGUCUGCAUUCCCCAAAGCAAUGUUGCUCCUUCUCAGCAUUUAACAGGGGAGGGGGAGAAGCAAGCAAGAGCAUUGAUCUUUUGAGGCUGGGCUAGCUGCAGAUGCAGGACAGCUCCAUGCUGGGUCCAAAAUGUUCAUUCCACUGUGAAUUGUACAGGCCUGGGAAAGCAGUGUCUUAGGCAUUGUAGUGCCUUGGUCACUGAGUCGGGACGGAUGGUUAAGACAACUAUCGCUAAUUUUGUAACGGUUCUUUUAAGUCAAUGAACUUUGGAGAGUGUAAGACACAAAGGCCAUGAUGUGCUUGACCAGCCGUGUUUGUGGGAACAGUUUGGCGCUGUUCAGAUGUUUGCCACUGCUGGCAUUUGUUCGUAUUCUACCUUGCACCUUGGCGUUUCAGCUGACGAUGUGUAAAAGAAUGUUUAGCAUUUCAUAGCAAUUUAGAUUUAAGGUGUAAACGAAAGCUGUUAUAACGGAGGACGGUCAAGAGAACAACCAAAUUGUCUAUUUUACUGAUGCUUGGAUAUAUAUUCUGCGCACUCUGUAAUGAGCCAUUUGACUAAAUGUAAGAACACUGUGAUAAUACUGUGCAAUCCACAUGUAAGCAAUAAAAUAAACCAAGUAAGUGCAAGCGUGGCUUUAUUUUUCUUUCCCAGGUGUUUAAUUGGUUUGUGGAUAAUUGGGUUCACUUUGGGGUGCAAAUAUAAGCUCUUUUGCAUGUAUCACACAGUGCAAUAAAUGUAAGGUAAAGGUAAAGGGACCCUUGACCAUUAGGUCCAGUCAUGAUCAACUCUGGGGUUGCGGCGCUCAUCUCGCUUUAUUAGCUGAGGAAGCCGGUGUACAGCUUCUGGGUCGUGUGGCCAGCAUGACUAAGCCGCUUCUGGCAAACCAGAGCAACGCACGGAAACGCCGUUUACCUUCCCGCCGGAGCGGUACCUAUUUAUCUACUUGCACUUUGACGUGCUUUCGAACUGCUAGGUUGGCAGGAGCAGGGACCGAGCAACGGGAGCUCACCCCAUCGCGGGGAUUCGAACCGCCAACCUUCUGAUCGGCAAGCCCUAGGCUCUGUGGUUUAACCCACAGUGCCACCCGUGUCCCUGUCUUACAUGGAGGCAAUAAGGUGAAACAACUGCCUCAAAAGCAUACGAGGCAAAAAAACAAUUCUGGAAACCUUGGAAGGACUGUAGCUGAGGGGCAGGGAACAUAAUAAUAGCCCUCUCCUCCUCCAUGAAUUUGCCCAAUCUUGUGGGAGGGAGUUCCAGAGUUUAAUUCUGCCCUGUAUGAAGGACUUCCUUUUAUCCGAAACAAACAAACAAAAUUCCUUCCAGUAGCACCUUAUAGAGACCAAUUAAGUUUGUUAUUGGUAUGAGCUUUCAUGUGCGUGCACACUUCUUCCUUGUAUCCGUCUUGAAUCUUCCAACAUUCAGCCUUGUCAGUGUCUGUGAGUUGUGCUGAUAGGAGAGAGGUGAACUUUUUCUAGUCACUUUCUACAUAUCAGGCAUAGUUUUAAGAACUUCUGUCAUUCAGUGCCAAAUUCUGCAGCCUUCCUUUAUGAUGCAGUCAUUCCGUCCCCCGGAACAGAGGCCAAAAGUUACUGAGCUGCUUUUUUUUUGCCCAAAGUUGAUGUGUUUUUUGGGCAAACUAAUGCCGUUUUUGAGCUAUUUGUAUGUGUUACAGGAAUUCUAAGGUCUCAUAUAUAUAAAUCAUAUGUAUGUAUGUAUUUGCCUUGUAGAUUUAUGAACAUAAGUAUAUAAACCACGUCUGAAAUAGUAGAAGAGAACAAUCCUGAAGCCAUUUUGACUCUUCCAGCCACCUCAAAAAUUCUCUGCUGUGAGGAAGGAAAAGCUCCCCAUGGUCUCUUUGCUCACAAAUCCUGUCUUAAGGGUGUAUUGUGUAUGAAUAGGGUGAGCCUGUGACCUGGAUUCUGGAAGUAAGUAUUUAGCAUCUCAAAAGGAAUGGCCAGGCUGCCCAGGUAAAGCAAUCAGUGACCAUUAUCAGGUAUCCUGGCAGAUAGGAUUUCUGCUGUAGAUUUCUGCCUCCUUUAGUGAUUUAUGUAUGAUGUUUUGGGGGAUGGUCUUGAGCUACAGGGUUGGCAAUUUCAAAAGUCUGUAAAAGAGCUUGCGCACCAAUGUUCUGGGUUCCUCCUCCUCUCCUGCGAGUGAGGGGAGCACCCUGUUGCAACAGUUCAAUAAAGAUCAGGCUUACAAGCUGCUUUGCUUCUC